AUGCAGCGACCGAACCCUGAUCAGCCACCGUUCCAGCUGCAGCAGCUGCAGUCGCAGCAGCAGCAGCAUCAGGUGCGCCAGCAGCAAUCGUCGAUGAUGAUGCAACAAUCGUCAACGACGAUGCAGCAGCAGCAGCAGCAGCAGUUUAUGAGCAGCCAGCAGGAGUUUUCGCAGCAACACCAGCAAUUUAGCAGCUCCCAGCAACGGAUCAGUAGCAGCCGCUCGGAGCAGCACUCCAGCGUGAGCCAUCAAGUGACCCAACAGCGAGUGCAACAGCAGCAGCAGCAACCGCUGCAGUUGCAGCAGCUGCAGCAGCAUCCGGUGCAGCAACCGCAGCCCGUCUACGGUGUGCCGGUGACGCCGGCCCCAACCGUCGUUGCGCCCGUCACGCCCGUCACCGCCGGUGACUACUCGCCGCCGGUGUUUGAGCAGAUCUUCAAGAACUCGCGCUUCGCGCAGGGCGGCAACGCCCUGUUCGAGGGCCGGCUCAAGGGUAACCCGCGGCCGGAGGUUUCGUGGACUCGGAAAGGCGCACCCCUUCUCGACUCCACGAAGCACCGGCUGGCGUACAACCCGGCCACCGGCGCCGUCUCGCUGAUGAUCAACCAGAUCGGUCCGGGCGACGAGGGCGAGUACACGUGCAAGGCGCGGAACGCGGUCGGCGAGGCGAUCUGCUCCGUGUUCAUCCAGCCCGAGGGCAUGCCGACGCCGCACUUCCAGCAGCAGCAGCAGGUCCAGCGCCGGGAGCAGCAGACGCAGCAGCGCCAAACCGUGGUCAAGCAGCAGUACACGAAUGGGUACUCGCACACCGAGGAGGAGUUCAAGGUGGACACGUUCGAGUAUCGGUUGUUGCGCGAGUCCUCGUACCGGGAGUCGAUCACGCGCCGUUACCAGGGCGAAACCGAUGCCGUGCUGGUGACUGCGCUGGACCCGGCGCUUGGUCCGGCCGCGGCACCGCAGAUUGGCCAGAAGCCCCGCAAUUCGAAGCUGGCCGAAGGGUCGGAUGCGGUGUUCAGUACGAGUGUGAUCGCUAACCCGCGACCGCGACUGUCCUGGUUCAAGGACGGCCAGCGAAUCAUCCCAUCGGCCGAUCGGUACGAGGUGAGCUACGCGAACCAGCAGGCCACUCUGCGCGUCCGGAACGCAACGGCCCGUGAUUCGGGCCACUACACCCUGCUGGCGGAGAACCCACAGGGUUGCCAGGUAUCGUCGGCCAUUUUGGCGAUCGAACCGGUCGUCGCCACCGAGCACCAGCAGCAGCAGCAGCAACAGGUGGUGACGCAUUCGACCGAGGCGACCAAAGCCCUGGGACCGUCGUUCGUGACGCUCAUUCAGGACGCGGAAACGACCGAGGGCAAGCUGGUGCGGUUCGAUUGCCGCGUAACGGGUCGCCCGUACCCUGAGGUUGCCUGGUACAUCAACGGCAACCUGGUGACGGAUGACGCCACGCACAAGGUGCUGGUGAACGAGUCCGGCAACCACUCGUUGAUGAUCACCGCCACCGGGCGGUACGAUCACGGCGUGGUGACGUGCGUCGCCCGCAACAAGACGGGUGAAGUGGCCGCUCAAGCGAAGCUGCUCGUGUGCGAACGGGAACAGAUCGUAGCACCGAAGUUCGUGGAGCGCUUCACGACCGUCAACGUGAAGGAGGGUGAACCGGUGCAGCUGUUUGCGCGUGCCAUCGGAACUCCGUUGCCGCGUAUCACCUGGCAGAAGGAUGGCAUCCCGCUCGUGCCCGGGCCAGAAGUGCAGAUCUUUAGCGAUGACAGUGGAUCGACCACGGUUGACAUCGGAAGGGCUCGCGCCACCGAUGCCGCUUGGUACCAGUGCACGGCCCAGAACGUGGCCGGAACCACCGCGACCCGAGCAAGGCUGUUUGUCGAAACGCCGAAGGGCCCAGCCCCGGAGCAGAAGCGUCUUAAUUUGCCACGUCCGACCAAGGUCAUCCAACCGGAGGCCGCUCCCGAACCGGAGAUCAUCUUUCUGCGGCACGUGGAGCGGGCUGCUCCGCAUCUGCCACCGAAGGAGGAGGAACGGACGUACCCGCCGCCGAAGUUCAUCGUCCCGCUCGGGGACGUUGCUCAGGUCGAGGGUGGGAAGGUCCACUUCGAGGCACGCAUCGAGCCGGUCUCGGAUCCGACGAUGCGCGUGCAGUGGUUCCUGAACGGCAACCUGAUCCAAGCCAGUUCUCGCGCGAACACCACGUUCCAGUUCGGGUUCGUGGCACUGGAUCUGCUGACGAUCGUCAUGGAGGACAGCGGCGAGUACCUGUGCCGGGUGUCCAGCGCGACCGGGGUAGCCGAAUCGCGGGCCCUGCUGAGCGUACAGCCGAGGCCACCGGUCGAGCAGCAGUCGCAGCACCAGCAGUCGACGCUCGAUCAGCUGCAGCACCUGGAGGACUACUCGAAAUACGUGAGGACGGAGAGCAUCGAAGAGGUGGUCAACCAGCGGCCCGCUUUCACGCGCCCCCUGCAGGACCUGGGCGAGCUGGAGGAGGGACGGAACGCGCACUUCGAAGCGCAGAUCACGCCCGUCAGCGAUCCGACGAUGCGCGUCGAGUGGUACAAGGAUGGGCGUCCGAUCACGGCCAGUUCGCGCAUUACGGCGAUCUUUAACUUUGGCUACGUGUCGCUCAACAUUAUGCACCUGCGGGCUGAGGACGCCGGAACGUACACGGUGCGUGCGGUGAACCGCAUCGGCGAAGCGAUCAGCACGUCGAAGAUCAGCGUGGUCAGCAAGGCACCCGUGACGGGCGAUCUGGGUAUUUCGGAGCAGCGUAACUACAUCCAGAAGAUCGAGGAGCUGGAGCAGUACCAGAAAUACCAGAAUAUGAAGUUCUACGAGGAGACGCCCGAGAGCACGCAGCGGCCAGAGUUUAAGAGCCCGAUCUCGGAUCAGCUGGGCGUGCGCGAGGGAGGCUUCGCGCACUUCGAGGCUCGCCUCGAACCGGUCGGCGAUGCGACGCUGCGUGUGGAGUGGCUCAAGGAUGGGCACCCGGUCGAGGCGAGUUCGCGCAUCACGUCGUUCUGUAACUUCGGGUACGUGGCGCUCACGAUCAAGCAAGUCACCGUGCACGACGUCGGUCAGUACACGUGCCGGGCGUACAAUUCGCUCGGCGAGGCGCACGUCACCGCACGGUUGACGGUCGUGACGCGCCAGGACAUCAUCGUCGACUCGCAAACGAGCCACAUGGGAAUGGAGAAGAUCCAGUACCUGGAGGACGCGUCGCGUUACACACGCACCCAGGAGGUAGAGCAGCAGGUCGUUGUCCAGCCGGAACCGCGCUUCCUGGGGCCGCUCAAGGGUACGACAAGGAUCGUCGAGGGGCAGCGCGCUCACUUUGAGGCUCGCCUGGAACCCCAGUCCGACCUGACGAUGCGCGUCGAAUGGUACCACAACGGACGUCCGCUGAUGAGCGCCAACCGGAUCCAGACGUACCACGAUUUUGGGUACGUGGCGCUCGACAUUUUGGAUGUGCGCGCGGAGGACUCCGGCACCUACACGCUGGUCGCCAUCAACAGUGCGGGACAGGCGCAGGUCGAAGCGACGAUGGUCGUCGAAACACGCGCCGCGAUCGAUACGACCAGCAUGCACCACGUGGUGGAGCGCUCGCAGCAGCAAAGCGAGAAGCAGUUCGUCGAGCCCCAGUACCAGAUCGAGGAGCUGUGCAAAUCGAAACCGAUCUUCACGCAGCCCCUGUCCGAUCCGCAACCGGUCGGCGAGGGUCGCAACAUCCAUCUGGAGUGUAAACUGGAACCACUGGGUGAUCCGACGAUGCGCGUCGAGUGGUACCAGAACGGGCGCCCGGUUACGGUCGGGUCGCGCUUCAAGACGUACUACGACUUUGGCUUUGUGGCGCUGGACAUUCUCCACUCAACGGCGCUCGACUCGGGCGAGUACACGGUCCGGGCAACGAAUCAGCUCGGAUCGGCCCACACGUCCGCUUGUGUGCGUGUGAUCACUCGUUCCGAUGUGAUUACCGAGGCGCAGAGCGAAAUGAGCGUUGAACAGAUGCAGUACCUGGAGGAUGCGUCCCGGAUGCGGCGCGACGUACUGGAGGACAUUACCGUGAUGUCGCCACCCCAGUUUGCCCGCUCGCUGCACAACAUCGAAACGUUCGAGGGCACCAACAUUCACCUCGAGUGCCGCCUGCAGCCGGUCGGUGAUCCGUCGAUGCGCGUCGAGUGGUUCGUGAACGGGAUGCCGGUCAAGAUCGGCCAUCGGUUCCGACCGGCGUACGAGUUCGACUACGUGGCGCUCGAUCUGCUCGGUGUGUACGCGGCCGACUCGGGUGUGUACACGUGCCAGGCACGCAACUCGCUCGGCGAAGCGGUCAACUCCUGCUCGGUGCGCAUCAUGGCCAAGAAGGAUCUGAUCCUGGAGACCCAGUACCCGGCGGGUCUGGAGAAGCUCCAGUAUCUGGAGGACAUUGCGCGGUACCGCAAGACCGAGUACGUCGACGAGAUCGUGAACGUGAAGCCGCGGUUCCUGACAAAGCCGAAGAACAUCGAGCGGGCGGCCGAGGGUGGCCACGCGCACUUUGAGUGCAAGCUGGAACCAGUCACGGAUCCGAACCUGAAGGUUGAGUGGUACAAGAACGGCAUGCCAAUCACCGUCGGUCACCGGUUCCGUCCGAUCCACGACUUUGGAUACGUGGCGCUUGACAUUGUGGAUCUGAUUGCCGAGGACACGGGCACGUACAUGUGCCGUGCGGUUAAUCUGGUUGGCGUGGACGAAAUUGCGGUGCAACUAGCGUGUCGCGGUUCACAGCAGAUCCUGACCAGCACGCAGAACGAGAUGGGACUCGAGCAGAUCCAGUAUCUGGAGGAGAAGACGCGCGCGCAGCGGUCGGAGUAUCUGGACGAGAUGACGACGCAGGCGCCCACGUUCACCACUUCGCUGAAGCACAUCGAAAUUAAGGAGGGCCAGCGGGCCCACUUCGAGUGCCGGCUGAUUCCGGUGUCGGACCCGACGCUGCGGGUUGAGUGGUACCACAACGAGGCCCCGGUCAAGACGGGGUCCCGGUUUACGGAGACGAACAACUUCGGGUUCGUGGCGCUCGACAUUAUGGGCUGCCUGGCGGACGAUUCCGGCACGUACACGUGCCGGGCGGUGAACGCGCUCGGUGAAGCGGUGACCUCGGCCAGCUGCGUGGUGCACACGCGCAAGAACAUCUACUCCGAGUCACAGCACGAGCACGCGCUGACCAGUCUGCGCUACCUGGAGGACAGUUCGCGCUAUCACCGCGAGACGGAGGUGGACGAGGUCGUCACGCAGGCGCCCGUCUUUACGCUGCCCGUGAAGGACGUGAAGGUAGCCGAAGGCCAAGCGGUCCACUUCGAGGCCCGUCUGGUGCCGGUCGGCGAUGCGAAGAUGCGCGUCGAGUGGCUCCGGAAUGGCGUUCCGAUUGAGGCAUCGAACCGGACGACGACGAUGCACGAUUUCGGAUACGUGGCGCUCAAUAUGAAGUACGUGAACCCGGAAGACUCGGGCACGUACACGUGCCGGGCAACGAACGAUCUCGGCCAGGCCGUGACCUCCGCCAAGCUGAUGGUCCAGUCGAAGGCAUCGCUCGAUCUGGAAACGCAGAACGAGAGCGCCCUGGAGAAGAUUCACCAGCUGGAGGACUCGGUCCGGUUCCAGCGCCGUGAGGAGGAAGAGGUGGCCGUUACGCAACCGCCACGCUUCACCACCAAGCUGCACGGUCCGACCAGUCUGGUCGAGGGCCAGUCGGCGCACUACGAGUGCCGGAUCGAGCCGUAUCCCGAUCCGAGCCUGCGGGUCGAGUGGUUCCACAACGGGCAACCGCUCACGACGGGACACCGCUUCCGGACGACGUACGACUUUGGGUUUGCGGCGCUCGACGUGCUCACGGUGUACGCCGAGGACUCGGGCGAGUACACGUGCCGUGCGACGAACCACCUGGGACGGGAAACGUCCUCGAUCGGGCUUACAGUCGCCCCGAAGGCGGGUAUCGUGCGGGAAACGCAGCACGAGGGAGCGCUGGAGAAGAUCCAGUACCUCGAGUGUGAUGCCCGGUACGGACGCAAGGGUGACGAUGAGGCGUACGUGGCGGAGAAGCCCGCGUUCGGGCGACCGCUCAAGAACGCGUGCGUGACCGAGGGGUUGCCGGUGCACCUGGAGGCAACGCUGACGCCGGUCAACGAUCCGACGAUGAAGGUCGAGUGGUACUGCAACGGGCGCCCGAUCCAGCAGGGCCACCGGUUCAAGACGACGUACGACUUUGGUUUCGUAGCUCUCGACAUCCUGUAUGCACACGCUGAGGACACGGGCACUUACAUGUGUAAGGCCAAGAAUGCUAUCGGAGAGGCUGUCACGACGUGCGCUGUUAAAGUCACAGCAAAUGCUGGGUUAUACUUGGAGACACUUGAUGAGCAGCGACUGCAGAAGAUCAAGGAACUGGAGAGCUACCAGAAACCACAGACGCAGGAAGUCGAACCGGCCAAGCAGAAGCCGGUCUUCCUGACGCCGCUGACCAGCCUGGAGAACCUGAAGGAGGGCGACUACGCGCACCUCGAGUGCCGCGUGGAACCGAUCAACGAUCCGAACCUGCGCAUCGAGUGGUUCAUCAACGGCAAGGCAAUCCGCGCCGGUCACCGAUUCCGCACGACGCACGAUUUCGGCUACGUUGCCCUCGACAUCCUGUACGUGUACGGCGAGGACUCGGGCACGUACAUGUGCAAGGCGACCAAUCAGGUCGGCGAAGCGGUCAGCACGUGCAACAUCCGCGUCACGAACAAGCGGAACAUCAUCUUCGACUCGCAGCACCCGGACGGGCUGGAGAAGAUCCAGAAGCUGGAAGCCCACGUGCGUCCGUCGCGCCUGGAGCUUGACGAACCGGAGGUAACGGCCCCGCGCUUCGUAACGGAACUGCGCGGCACGACCGAGAUCGCCGAGGGACAAACGGCACACUUCGAGGCGCAGGUUGAACCGAUCCACGAUCCGAACCUACGCAUCGAGUUCUACCACAACGGCAAAGCGCUCCAAUCGGCAUCCCGAUUCCACAUCACGUUCGACUUCGGAUACGUGGCCUUGGACAUCCAACACGCCGUGGCGGAGGAUGCCGGCGAGUACACGGUCAAGGCGAUCAACGCGAAGGGCCAGUGCAAGUCUUCGAUCAAGAUGCAGGUCACGGCGAAGGGGGCGAUCAUUUCCGAAACGCAGCACCCGGAGGGUCUGGACAAGAUCAAGCAGCUGGAAGGGGCCGGUCCAUUCCGGCGCCCAGAAAUUCAGGAUGCGGUCACGCGCCAGCGGCCCGUGUUCACGCAGCCCCUGCAGAACAUCGAUUUUGUCGCCGAGGGCCAAACGGCACACUUCGAGUGCCGGUUGAUUCCGGUGGGCGAUCCGAACCUGAAGGUCGAGUGGUACCGCAACGAGAAGCCGCUCGAGGACAGUUCGCGCAUCGCGAAGCAGCACGACUUUGGGUUCGUCUCGAUGGAUCUGCAGCAUGUGCGCGAGGAAGACGAAGGCGUGUACAUGUGCCGGGCGAUCAAUCCACUCGGCGAAGCCGUUACGACCGCUUCGAUGCGCGUCCGCACGAAGGCCAGCAUCCAGAUGGACACGCAGCAUCCGGAAGGUAUGCGGAAGAUCAUCGCGCUGGAGCAACCGCACCAGGCACGCCCCGAAGAUCAGGAGGCGGCGUUCGAGAAGCCGAUCUUUACGCAGCUGUUGAGUGGUCCCUCGGAACUGUGGGAAGGCCAGCAUGCGCACUUUGAGGCGCGCGUUGUGCCAGUCGGGGAUGCCAGCAUGCGGUACGAGUGGUACGUGAACGGGGUCGAGCUGAAGAUGGGCUCACGGUUCCGGACAACGAACGACUUUGGGUUCGUGACGCUCGACAUCAACUCGGCCGUCGCAGAAGACUCGGGCGUGUACAUGUGCAAGGCGAUCAACCGGGCCGGUGAGGCGGUUUCGUCCACGACGAUGAAGGUCAAGUCGAAGGCCUCGAUUGCGGGCGAACCGCUGCUGCCGGAGGCCUGGGAGAAGAUCCAGCUGAAGGAGGCCGCCAUGAACCGGGUGCCGGAUAUGUUCGUCGACACGACGCCUCAGCAGGCACCUGUCUUCACGACGCACCUCGAGAGCCACGACAAACUGCAGGAAGGACAGCACGUGUACCUGGAAGCACAGGUGGAACCGCGGGCCGAUCCGAAUCUGCGUAUCGAGUGGUUCAAGAACGGCGUCGCCAUCACGACCGGCGCCCGGAUCCGCAGCACGUUCGAUUUCGGACUCGUCACGCUCUCGAUCAACGGACUGCGGGCGGACGAUUCGGCCAUCUACACGUGCAAGGCUACCAACCAACUUGGGGAGGCCGUUUCGACCGCUACGCUCAAGAUCGACGCGAGCCACUGGCUGCUCGGUGACACGCUGCACCCGUCGUCGGUGCAAAAGAUCCACGAUCUGGAGGCACCGCGCAUGAACCUGCGCGACGUCCCGGAGGCGCAGUUCGAGUCGCCCGUCUUCAUUAGCCACCUGAACAACGUGGAGAUCAAGGAGGGCGAGAACGCGCGCUUCGAGUGUAACGUGCAGCCUUCGAAGGAUCCGACGAUGCAGAUCGAAUGGUACGCCAACGGGAAGCCGCUCGCGACCGGGUCGCGCUUCAAGACGACGUACGACUUCGGGUUCGUAGCGCUGGACAUUUCCGGCGCGUACGCCGAGGACUCCGGUAUCUACACGUGCAAGGCAACGAACGCGAAGGGUUCGGCUUCUACGUCCGGAUCGCUGCGGUGCACCGGUACGAAGACGAUGUACCUGGACACGCAGCACCCGCAAGGUGCGGCCGGUCUUGAGGCCGUCCAGGACACGGAGGCGGCCCUCGCCAACCGGCACCGGCGGGAGGAUGGCGCACCCGACACCACCUACCCGAAGCCCCAGUGGAUCGUGCAGCUGCAGUCGGAGUUCCGGCUGACGGAGGCCGAAUCGCUGCACCUGGAGGGCACGGUGGAGCCGAAGGACGAUCCGAACCUCAAGAUCGAGUGGUUCUUCAACGGGAAGGUGCUCCAGCACGGAUCGCGCUUCCGGAUGACGAGCGACUUCGGUUUCGUGACGCUCGAUCUGUCCGAGGUGUACGAUCGCGAUCAGGGCAUCUACACGUGCAAGGCGUACAAUGCGGCCGGCGAGGCAUUCACCUCGUCCACGGUGUACUGCGCCGCGAAGGAGAGUCUGAUCGAGCGCACGCAACACCCGAAGGGUACCGAGGGACUCGGAAAGAUCCAGGAUCUGGAGGACUCGCUGCGCCGUCCGGGCGCCGGUCAACCGGAGGCGGAUGCGGGCCACGCACCUCGCUUCACGUCCGAGUUUAUCGCGAUCACCAACAUCGGCGAGGGUGAGAUUGCGCACUUUGACGCCACGCUCAUCCCGACCGGCGAUCAGUCGAUGGCGAUCGAGUGGUUCUACAAUGGCAAGCAACUGGACGCGAGCCACCGCGUGCGUACGGUGUACGCGUUCGGCAUGGUGGUGCUGGAGAUCCUCGGAACGAAGAUUGAGGAUUCGGGCAGCUACACGUGCCGCGCGACCAACAAGUGGGGCACGGCGGAGAUCAGCGUGCAGCUGGAGUGCGUGGAGAAGCCGUCGGGCCAGAAGCCGCGCUUCACGACGCACAUCCAGAACCUGGAGGGCCUGAAGGAUGGGCAGUCGGCGCACUUCGAGUGCACGCUCAUCCCGGUCACCGAUCCGGAUCUGAAGGUCGAGUGGUUCCACAACGGCAAGCCGAUGCGCCACUCGAACCGCAUCAAGCCGGUGUCGGACUUUGGGUACGUGCUGCUGGACAUUGCGUACGUGCAGAACCACGACUCGGGCGAGUACGUGUGCCGUGCGUCGAACAAGUACGGCGAAGACUCGACCCGGGCCACGCUCAAGUGCUUCGGCAAGGGCGGCGUGUACCUGGAAUCGCUGCAGCCGGACUCGUUGGCCCGUAUCCGGGAGCUCGAGGCACAGGCUGGCUCGAAGCAAACGGCCGCUGGAUCACCGGUCGGUGAAGCACCGCGGUUUACGACGAAGAUCGCGGACGUCAUGAAGCUGGUGGAGGGCCAGAGCGCUCACUUUGAGGCGCGCCUGACGCCACUGAACGAUCCCGAGCUGGUGGUCGAGUGGUACUGGAACGGGCAGAAGCUUCCGCACGGACACCGGUACCGGACGUUCCACGACUUCGGCAUCGUCAUCCUGGACAUCCUGUACUGCUACGAGGAGAACUCGGGCGAGUUUGAGUGCCGGGCGACGAACAAGUACGGAUCGGACAGCACCAAGGCGUCGCUGAAGUGUAUCUCGAAGGCGAACCUCAUCCUCGACUCGCAGCUUCCGCGCGGUAUGGAGGGUGGCCUGGAGAAGAUCCAAACCCUGGAGGAUUCGCUGGUGCGGACGCGCGACGAACGCGACCGGGUCGAGGGUGGCCGGGCACCGGUCUUCACGACUCCGCUGUCGAACAUUGACUCGCUGCGCGAAGGCGAAAGCGCUCACUUUGAGGCCAAACUCACUCCGACGGACGAUCCGAAGCUGAAGGUGGAGUGGUUCUGGAACGGGAAACCGCUCAAGACGGGUUCCCGGUUCCGCACGUUCUGUGACUUUGGAUUCGUCAUCCUGGAAAUUUCACCCGUCUACCCGGAGGACUCGGGCGAGUACUCGUGCCGGGCGACCAACGACUACGGCCAGGCGGUCACGACCUCCACGAUGAAGGUGCAAGGCAAGCGUAGCAUCAUCCUUGAGUCGCAGCUCCCGAAGGGCAUGGAGGGUACGAUCGAGAGGAUCGCACAGCUGGAGGGAUUGGGCAUUCCGCACGGUGGCCUCGGGUCACCGGACGACGAUACCGGGAAGCCGCCCGAGUUCAUUACGACACCGUCGGACAUGACGCUGACCGAGAACUCGCUGGCCCACUUCGAGUGCCGGCUGACGCCGAUCAACGACCCGAGCAUGCGCGUCGAGUGGUACCACAACGGAAAGGCGCUGUGGGCCGGAUCGCGUAUCAAGACGAUCAACGAUUUUGGGUUCGUGAUCCUGGAGAUUGCCGGCUGCUACCAGCGCGACUCGGGGCUGUACACGUGCAAGGCGACCAAUCGGCAUGGGGAGGCGACCGUCUCCUGCAAGCUGACCGUGCGCGGUCGCCAGGGCAUCAUCAUGGAGCCGCAGCUACCGUCGAACUUCCGCACCGGAACCGAAAGCAUCCAGAAGCUGGAGGAACAACUGCACAAGCGCGAAGAGCUGCUGAUGGACGAGGAAGAAGGCCGGCCACCGAAGUUCGUGGUCGAAAUCAAGGAUAACGUGGACAUUGCCGAGGGUGGUCCGGUGCACUUCGACUGCCGCGUCGAACCGGUUGGCGAUUCGUCGAUGCGGAUCGAUUGGUUCCACAACGGCAAACCGUUUGCCACCGGGUCCCGGGUGCAUAUGCUGAACGACUUUGGGUUCAUUGCGCUCGACAUGGACUACGCGUACGUGCGCGACUCGGGCGUGUACGAAUGCCGGGCCACGAACAAAUGGGGCACGGCUUCGACUACGGCCAAGGUGACGGUGGUGUCGCGCGGUGGCAUCGUGCUGGACUCGCAGCUCCCGGAGGGUAUGACGGCGUCGAAGCUGAAGGAACUGGAACGGGGCAAGGUUACGCUGGCCACGCAGGAAGAGCGUACGUUCGGUCCACCGAAGUUCGUGUCCCAGAUCCAGUCGGCUACGAUCGACGAAGGUGAAACGAUCCGGUUCGAGUGCCGCGUCGAGCCGAAGGAGGACCCGAAACUGCGCGUCGAGUGGUUCCGCAACGGAAAGCCGCUUCCGAGUGGCCACCGGUACCGUACGAUCUACGAUAUGGGCUUCGUGUCGCUCGACAUCCUGUCGGUGUACACGGAGGACGCCGGCGAUUACACGUGCCGGGCGUUCAACGAGCACGGUGAGGACGUGACGAAGGCGCACAUCACCUGCAAGAAGCUGCCCUCGAUCGUGCUCCAGAACCAGAUCCCGAAGGGGAUGCAAAAGUCCGAGACGCUCAUGCAGAUGGAAGCGACGAUCAAGAAGUACACCGAGGAGAUCUUCCUCACCGAGGACGAUCUGUUCGACCCGGACCGCAAGCAGCCGCCCCGCUUCGUUACGCAGAUCAAGGAACAAACGAACCUGGUCGAAAUGCAGGCCACCAAGUUCGAGUGCCAGCUGGCGCCGGUCGGCGAUCCGGACAUGAAGGUCGAGUGGUUCUACAACGGCAAACCACUGCCGUACAAGAAUCGCUUCACUCCGAUCUACGACUUUGGCUACGUGGCCAUGAACUUCGGCUGGGUCUAUCCGGAGGACAGCGGCGAGUAUCUGUGCCGUGCCACGAACCUUUACGGUAUGGAUGAGACUCGGGCCGUCAUCAAGACCACCGGCAAGCCGGGUAUCGUCUACGAUUCGCAGCUCCCGAAGGGCAUGAAGAGCAUCCAGAAGAUUCGCGAGAUGGAAGCCUUGUGGAAUUUGAACAUUCCGGAGGUGAUCGACGAGACGCAGAAACCGAAGAAGGAACCGGCGUUCGUUAGCCGACCGGAAUCGAUCGAGGUGGAGGAAGGCGAAUGGGCUCGGUUCUGCUGCCGUGUCACGGGUCAUCCGAAGCCGCGUGUGAUGUGGCUCAUCAACGGACACACCGUGGUCAAUGGUCAACGUUACAAGCUGACGUACGACGGUAUGUACCACUUCGACAUCCCGAAGACGCGCCAGUACGAUACCGGCAAGAUCGAGGUGAUUGCGCGCAGCUCGGUCGGUGAGGCGGUCGCUAGCUGUGAGCUGAAGAUUACUCCCCGUCGCGACGAUUACCGUGGCGUGCUGAAGAACUCGCCCAGACCAUGGUACGACUACGACCUAGUCGCGUAUCAGAAGGGCCGCAACGAGACCGACCUGGAGACAACGCUGCAGGAGGAGAAGGCGAAAAAGAAGCGCGUCGCCAAGGUGACGCAGAAGGCGAAGGUGAAGAAGGAGGGCGAAACCGAGUGGCAGAAGACGGUCAAGAAGCGGAAGGGCGAGGAGUAUUACAGCAAGCUGGCCGAGCUGGAGACGGAGCAGUUGACCAAGGAGCAGAAGAUGCGCGAAGAGAAGCACCAGUUCGCGAUCCCGGGCGAGAAGGUUGUCAGCCAGUCGCUCGCCAAGGGCAUGGCCAGCGCCUACGAGCAGACCCUCGAGGAAACGAAGGAGAACGUUGAGCUAACGGAGGCACCGCGCAUGAAGCUGGUUCCGGAGCCGACGGAAACGUCCGUCCAGGGUAAGGAGGUGCACGUGUCGCAACAGAAGCAAACGCAGAAGGAGGUGUACGACGAUAAGGAGAUCAUCCGCAAGAUCACCGCCACCGAGACGACCGAGAUGGAACACAAGGGUACGACGCAGGAGCGUGUGGUCGAGGGCCCGGUCCAGCCGACGAAGCCGCCGGUGUUCACCAAAAAGAUCCAGCCGUGUCGGGUGUUUGAGAACGAACCGGCCCGGUUCGAGGUCGAGUUCGACGGUGAACCGAUGCCGACGGUCAAGUGGUUCCGGGAGAACUUCCAGAUCCACAACUCGUCCGACUUCCAGAUCCACACGUUCGGCAGCAAGUCGGUGCUGAUCAUCCGGCAGGUGUUCCUCGAGGAUUCGGCCGUGUUCGCUGUGAUCGCCGAGAACCGGGGCGGUACGGCCAAGUGUAGCGCCAACCUGGUGGUGGAACAGCGCCGGCAGCAGGGCCGCGGAGGCGUCAUCCCGCCCAGCUUCGUGAGCACCAUCACCGAUACGACGGUGUCGGCCGGCCAGCUGGCACGGUUUGACGCGAAGGUUACCGGCACGAAGCCGCUCGAUGUGUACUGGCUGAAGGGUGGGCAGAAGAUCGCGCCGAACAUCAAGUACAAGACGCUCGAGGAGGACAACAACUACACGCUGCUGAUCAUCGAGGCGUACGCCGAGGACGGCGCCAAGUACGAAUGCGUUGCCAUCAACGGUGCCGGCGAGGCCCGGUGCGAUGCCGUCUGCACGGUGGAUACGCCGGUGACGCCCAUCAUCGAGAAGCCGGCCACGCCCGGUACCGAGCGCCCGCCGACGUUGGUCGAGCCGCUCAAGGACAAAACGGUGCCCGAGGGCCAGUCGGUCGAGUUCCGGACGCGCGUCACCGGCAAACCGACACCGACCGCGCAGUGGUUCAAGGGCGACAAGCAGAUCAAACCGUCCAAGUACUUCCAGAUGGCGAAGGACCGGGAUGCGUUCACGCUGAUUGUGACCGAGGCGUUCCCGGAGGACGAGGGCCAGUAUCUGUGCAUUGUGUCGAACGCGGGAGGGGAGGUGCACACGACCGCCACCCUGAAGGUGGUGGCCCCGGAAAUGCCGGACGCGGUGCCGAAGCUGAGCGAAAUGAAGGACUGCCUGGUGGACGAAGGUUCACCGGCCCAGUUCAAGACGAGCAUCGUCGGCAAGCCGACCAAAAUGACCGUGCAGUGGUUGCGCGAGGGUCUGCUGAUUCCGGAGUCGCCCGACUUCCAGAUGAUCAACGAAGGCAACAAUGCGGUCCUGCUGAUCGGCACCACGUACGAGGAGGACUCCGGCCUGUUCACCUGCCGGGUGACCGCGUCCGGCGGGCAGGUCGAGACGUCGGCCAAACUGAUAGUCAAAAGUAAGAAUACUCAUAACCGACACAAGCCAGAGCGCCGGAAGCAGCUGCGUCAGGUGCUGACGACCGAUGGCGUCCCGGUGCCCCCCAAGUCGGUCCCACACGUUGGAACGCAACCGUCGACCACGUCGUCGACUGUUCAACAGCAGCAGCAGGACCAAAGUGAUGCGUCGUACGAUAGCAGCACGAGCCAGGAGGUGGACACCGAGUUUGUGCCCCAAGGUGACGAGAGUCUGCCGUGGCGCCAAUCACGCAGCUCAUCGCUAGGUCGGCAACCGGGGGUCGCCCCGUGGAGACGUCCGUCUCAGGACGGGCGGCGUACGUCGCGCGAUCGGUCGCUAUCGAUCGAUCGGCGGGAAGAAGUGAAACCGUGGACCUCGGAGGUUGUUAAGCUGAAGAAGACCGCCACCGAGCGGAAGACGAUUGAGAAGGAGAAACUAGCCAGUGUCCAGCUGAAGCCGACGCAAAUUCAGAAGCCCCAGAUCAAGCGGGAGCAGCUGGAGAAGGUCGACCUGAAGAUGGUCAAGCAGCAGCGGCAACGGGAAGAGAUCAGCGAACAGCACAUGGAGGAGAUGGUCGAGGCCAUCAUAAGCGAGCGGACGGAGGAUCAGGUCGACUAUGGGGUGCAGAAGCUGCGCCACGAUGAGGACAUUUCCAUCUUGGAGAUCACCCAGCAGGUGGAUGAGCUCAUUCUGCGGGAUUCGCAAAAGACGAAAGGCGAAGGAGUACCGUGGCGUCGCGGAGGCCCCCGAAAGGAGAAGCAGGAGUUUGUGGAGACGGACGAAAGUAAUCGGCUAACGGUGAACCGGGAGGAGGUUACACUCGAGCACGACCAAAAGGCCGGCGUGGCCUGGCGCCGUGGUAAGGCGCCGGUAGAGCCGGAAGUGGAGCGUCAACCUUUCGCCCAGGUCGAAGACUCGGCCCUGCUCAGUGUGGAUCGGUCGGAGGAGCAAGAAGCGAAACAAGUGGAAGUGGAAAAGGGAGUUCCGUGGCGUAGAGGUCCCAAACCCGAACGGGGACAGUUCACGGAGCAGGAAGAUAGCUCCCUGUUGACGGUGGAGCAGAGCGAACAGGAGAUCGAAACGGCUCCCACUGAGAAGCCGGUCGCCUGGCGAAGAGGUCCCAAGGAGCCAAAAGAACCGCUGGAGCCGGAGGAGAAAGCAGCAGAGGAGCAACCGCCGUCGGUGCCGCCGUGGAUGCGUGGACGUAAGCCAGGUCCGAAGCGGGAGCUACCGAAGCCACCGGAGCCAGAGCAGAUCCCGCAAGUGGCGCUGAAGCCGACACCGCGACAAAAGAAGGAACUGGUCCGGGAGACGAUCGAGGAGGUAUCACUGAAGCCAGUGCCCAAGAGGCCGCAACCGCAAGAGGAAGCUAGCCCCGCCGCCGCCGAAGAGGCGCCGGAGCAACGAACGAAACCGAAAAAGAUCACCGAACUCACGCCGAGUCAGGAGUUGGAGUGGUUGGAGAAGGUAAACUUGGAACCGGUGGAGAAGCCACCGGUGGCCCAUGAACCGGCCGUGGCAGAGAAACGACCGGACGAACCGCCGAAGGAGGCCGCUGCACCCGAGCAGCCCUCGUGGAGACGUACGAAAAAGCCGAAGCCAGAGGAGCCGACGCAGGAGGAGAAACAGUGGCCCACAGGCAAACGGAGGCCACUGCCGGAAGAGCCGAAGGAAGACAUCACGCUGAAGCCAAUUCCGAGGCCCAGCGUUGAGGAGACUCCGGUACCGGUUGAGGACGCUUUUGUUGGUCGCGUUCCACAACCACCCAUCGAAGAUACAGAGACCGCAGUGCUGGAGGAGGAAAAGGAACAGGAGUCAUCACUACCGCCAUGGCGAAGAGGUAAGAAACCUGCGCCAAAGCGUGAAUUGCCGGCCCCGGCUGAACCGGAGCACGUCGAGCAGAUCGCUCUUAAACCUACACCGCGCCAGAAGAAGGAACUACCGAAGGAGUCGAUCGAGGAGAUCACCCUGAAACCCGUGCCGAAGAAACCCGUCACCGAAGAGGUCCCGGUGGCCGAACCUGAGGAAGCGGAAGUCAAACCGGUGAAGGUGGUAAAGAAGAAGAAGGAAAAGCCUUUGCCGACGGAACUAGAAAAGAUGACGCCGCUCGAGUUCAGCCCUACGGAGGCACCGGAUGCAGAGAGAGAAGAGUUGGAACGGAUGCCUGUCCAAGAGAAGCCGGCAGAGCCGGAUAGCGAGCAGGAGAAAACAAGCUGGCGUCGACAGCAGAAACCCAAAUUAGAACCGGAAGUGCCCGAGGAGAAACGGUGGCCAACGGGUAAACGGCAUCCACUGCCGGAGCAACCUCACGAGGAGGUGCUACUGAAGCCGAUUCCGAAACCCUCGAAAGAGGACGAAUCGAAACCGGUGCAAGAACCAGUAAUCAAGCCACGACCUGUUCCGGAGUUGCCUGACAAACCGGAAACGGAACUAUCACUCGAGAAGCCCGAACCACCAGAGCCCGAGGAGGACAAGUCCGCAAGUCUUCCGCCGUGGCGUCGGGGAAAGAAACCGACCACGAAGCGGGAACUUCCGAAGCCAGCGGAACCGGAAGUGGUGGAAAAGGUGGAGCUGAAAGCGACCCGCCGUGAGCGAAAAGAGAUACCGAAGGAAAGCCUCGAAGAAGUGACACUAAAGCCGGUUGCGAAGAAGAUGCCGGAGGAACCGAUACCGGAGCCAGUGGAACCGGUUGAAUCGGUUCUGGCACCGGCACCGAAGAAGGUCAAAAAACUGAAGCCAAAGCAACCAUUGGAGGCACUGGACAGGGUAGAGUUCGAGCCACGACCGGAUGUGGAAGAAGAGGCCCCCGGGCCGGAACCCGUACCAGCGGUUGAACCUGCGCCCGAGGUACCGCCUGAGGAACCCGCAAAAGAUCGCUGGAUUAGGAAGCAAAAACCGAAACCAGACGAACCGGAAGAAGAGUUGAAGAAGUGGCCCACCGGCAAGCGGCACCCGCUGCCGGAGGAACCGAAGGAGAAAGUUACGCUCAAGCCAAUCCCUAGACCAACUAAGGAGGAAGAACUUCCAAAAGAACAGCCUCGCCCGGGUGCUCCAGAACACAAGCUCGACCAACCGGCCGAGGCGCCCGCCGAGGACGAUGAGUCUCAUCUGCCACCGUGGCGUCGGGGACGCAAGGGAGUGCCAAAGCGCGAAAUCCCCGUACCCGAGCCGGAGGUCAUGGAAACGGUCACCCUGAAGCCGACUCCAAAACGAGCGAAGGAACUACCGCAGGAAACACUCGAAGAAGUGUCACUCAAACCGGUCCCGCAGCAAGCGCAGGAAGAAGUCCUGCCACAGGACACCGUCGAGACGGCGGUCGUGAAGGAACUCCCGACGAAGAAGGUGAAGAAACCGAAACGCAGGGAAGAACUGGAGACUUUGGAGAAACCGCUCUACCCGGAAAUCCCGGAACCGGACGAAGUCCAACUGGAGAAGGUCGAACCAACCGUAGAAGCGCCUGUCCAGGUGCCAGAAGAAGUGACACCACAGCCUGCCUGGAGGCGAACGCCAAAACCGAAACCGGCCGAGACGGAGCCGGAAGAGAAACAGUGGCCAACGGGUAAGCGUCGCCCACCGACCGAGGAGCCGAAGGAAGAGGUAACGCUGAAACCGAUUCCACGGCCCCAGCAACAGCAGGAACCAGCCCCGGAACCGAUGGAACCCACGACCCCGUGGCGUCGGACGAAGAAAGAAAAGUCCCCGGUUCCGGAGGAGGAACCAAAGGAGUGGCCCAAGGGCAAGCGAAGACCGCUCGUCGAUACACCCAAGGAGGAGGUGAUCUUGAAACCAAUUCCUAAGCCCACCAAAGAGGAAGCUGCACCGGAACCUGUAGCGGCUGUGGAACCCAUCUUGAAGCGCCCGGAACCGGAAGAACCGGAAUCGCGACCGUACCGGCGGGGCAGAAAAGAGUUGCCCAAGGCCGAGGAGCCACCGGCGCGCGAGGAAGUAACGCUCAAGCCCGUCCCGAAGCGGGCAGCAGCCGCGGAGACGGUCCGGGAGGAAGUCAUACUGAAACCGGUCCCAGCACAGCAAGCUCUCGUGGAAGUUGGUGAAGAAUCUCUCGCUACCCUAGAACCGGCGCCUGAGGAACCGGAAGCUCGGGUGGCAGAAACCGUCAUGGACAUUGUGCCGGAGGAGGUACUCGAUCUGAUUCCGGAGCAGACACCCCGCGAGGUGGCGAAGAAGCGCAAGUCACGCAACAAGAAGCACGUCGUGUUCCGGGAGGAACUCAGCACCUUCGCCAUGGAACCGGAGGACGAGCCGGAAGAGGACGUAGAACCGGAGGAAGAAGCGCUCCCGGUCGAGUCCAGGUCGAGCAUUACGCUGUCCCGCCCGGACGCAAAACCCUUGGAACCGGUGGCCGCCAUGGAGGUAGUGCCAGAAGAGGAAGUACAAUCCGAGUUCCGCAAGGAGCUGGAGGUCCGGGUGCAGUCCAACAUCGUGAAGCGGGAGAGACACCGGCGGGUGUUCAUCGACGACCAGGGUCAGCCGCUACCGGAGCUGGAGAUCAUCACCCAGAAGCGGGUCCAGGAGGUUACGGACAAGGUGGCCGAAGAGGAGGUGCGCGAGGAUCGCCAGCUGACGGAGAAGACCCAGCGGCUGCGCCUGGCCGAGACACGGAUCGAGGAGCAGAGCUCGGUAACGGUAGUCCAGCCCGACGUGCGGCCGCCGAGCUUUAUCGAGAAGCUCCAGCCGCUGGUCUGUGAGCCCGAGCAGCCGGUCCUGCUACGUGCCCGGCUCCAGGGAGUCCCGUUCCCGACGGUGCGCUGGUUCUUCAACGACACGGUCCUGUUCGCCAACCCGGAGUACGUGAUGGGUGUGGUCGAGGACGUGGCCACGCUCGAGAUCGCCACCGUACAACCGUACCACGUGGGAAUCUACACUUGCGAGGCACGGAACGUGGCCGGAGUGGCGACGAGCCGGGCGAAUAUCGUGGUCCAGGAGCGUCCGGAAACCGGCGAAGCACCACGCUUCGUGGUGCCGCUGAAGAUUUCGCUCGACGACGCCAAGACGCUGGCCACGGUUACGUGCCAGGUGGCCGGCAUUCCAACGCCCACGGUGCGCUGGCUGCGUGACGAGAUCGAGAUCACCGAGGAAGAAACGCGCAUCGAGACGCUCUACGAGGAACGCACCGGUCACGUCCGGUUGACGGUGGCCGAACCGCAGCAAAACGUGCCAACCGUGUACACGGUCGUAGCGGAGAACCGAUUUGGUCGCGCGGUUGGCAAAGCGAACGUCUUCAUCCAAGCGAUCGAACGGCGGGAGCCGACUUUCCGGCCACAGGCGGUGGCUCCACAGAUCGUGCAGCCGCUCGAGGCGCAGGUUGUCCGGACCGGAAGCACGCUGGUGUUUGAGUGUCGGUACACCGGCGUUCCGCGGCCCACCGUCAGCUGGUUCCGCAACAGCAAGGAGGUGAUCGAAGAGGAAGAGAUCACGAUUGAGACGGAGGAGUUCCGGAGUAGGCUGGAGAUCCGGAGCGUCACCCGGCAGCGUGGCGGCAAGUACGAGAUCCGGGUUACGAACGAGGCCGGUGAAGCCAGAUCUUCCGCAUCGGUGGCCAUCUCCGACUCGAGCGACGCGGACGAAGCGAAAGCACCACGCUUCGUGGAACCGCUGGUGCCGAGGUUGAUAGCCGAGGCGGAGGUGUGCAUUCUGGAGGCGUCGGUUGACAGUUACCCGACCUCGACGUUCCAGUGGUUCCGCGAGGGUACCGCGAUCACCUCCAGCAACGAGCGGCGCAUCGUCACGACCGACAACCGCUCGAUUCUGAUCAUCGAAUCGUUCGCCCGCACGGACCGCGGCGCGUACACGUGCCGGGCGGAGAACGUGGCAGGUUCGGUAACGUCCACUGCGACCGUCCAGACACUGGACACCAUCGAAACGGAGGUUACCGAAUACAUAUCACCGCGGUUUUUGGAAACAAUCAAACCGACGCGUGUUAUGGACGGCGAACGGCUGACGCUCGAAUGCCGGGUCGUGGCGAUGCCGCUGCCGCGCGUCCACUGGUACCACGACGGGCAGCAGAUCCGCGAGACGAAGGACAAGCAGGUGCAGCAAGACUCGGCCGGUCGGUGCGUGCUCACCGUUAGCGAGGUGUUCCCGGAGGACACGGGUGAGUAUACGUGCGUGGCGGAGAACCGGAUCGGCGAAGCGAUCUGUCGCGCCACCGUCAGCGUUGAGCCGUUCGAGUACGUGCCGGAUUCGGAGCAGUUCCGCAGCUCCGAGGAAGACCUGUUGACCGAUAAGUACGCGGAACCGCUCGAAUACGCACCGGAGAUCGUGAAGCAGCUGCCGACGGUGGUCCACUCGCAGGAACGCGAACUGACCAAGCUGGAGGUGAAGGUCGUGGCGCACCCGAAACCACAGAUCCGCUGGCUGAAGGCGGGCGAAGAGAUUAUCCCGUCGGACGAGUUCCAGAUCGAGAACCUCGCCGACGGUACCUCGAUCCUGAUCAUCACCGACAUCUAUCCGGACGACUCGGGCGAGAUCACGUUCGAAGCGCACAACGCGCUCGGCGUCGCGCAGACGACCACCGCACUGGUCGUGGAAGAAAUUGUCGGCACCAAAGCGUAUCGCAAACCGGAAUGGGUCCAGCACAUGGAAGAGAUGAAGGAAGCGCUGAAAGCCUCGUACUCUGUGCCGUCGUACUCGGUCGAGAUCAAAGAUUCGCGCGCCAUGCUGGGCGAGAAAGGAUUCUUCGAGUGUCACUACGCGGGCAAUCCGAAGCCAGAUAUACUGUGGUACCGCAACGGUAAGAUCGUGAUACAGAACGAGCGGACCAGGAUCCGCACCAGUGACACCCAGUCCACGCUGACGAUCUACCCGGUGGAGGUGUCGGACUUUGGGUUCUACAAGUGCAAAGCGAUGAACGAUGCCGGCACGUGCGAGUCGGUGUCGAAGCUGAUCGAGAGCAUCGUGCCGACGCUGAGCGAUGACGAGCGCGCGGAACUGGACGCGGCCCGCUCGCCAAGGCGCGGCAGCCGGGCAGGGCUCCGGAAUGGCAAGGCGACCGACAAGAUCGAGCUGGUGGUCGAGGAGAGCGAAGAGGUGCGCCGCGAGAAGGUGGAGAAGCGCAAGAAGCGGGACGAGAAGCGCAAGCAGAAGGAGUCGCUGCUGAUCGACGAGCUGGUGCAGCAGGAGAUGGAGGCGUCGCUGCAGGAGAAGAUCAAGUUUAGCUCCGAAUCGACCAGCACGCUCACCACGAGCACCACGUCGGAGCUGACGCAGGACGUGAAGCUGUCGAAGGAUCGGGCCACCGUUCGGUUCAAAGAGCACACGGAAACGCUGGUGGAAGAGAUCGUCACGACCGAGACGGUGCAGGAGAUCGAACGGAUGGUGAUCACGGAGAAGCUGGACGUGUCGGACGUGGACAGCGUGAAGCAGUCGCUCGAGGUGAACGAAAUCCUCACGAACCUGCGGGCGGGCGAGUUCGGGCCAGGCGAGGCGCCGCUCCGCGAGCUCGCCACCAUCGCGUUCAUGGUGAAGCACGGCGUGACGGUGAGCGAAAUCACCGGCUUCUACCAGGCGAACCACUUCCCGGCCCUGCAGCAGCCCGAGUCGCAGUCGGCCAUGGUACUGCUGCUGGAGCGCGAGGGUUACGCCAACAUCGUCACCGAGAUCCUGGCCGAGACGGACGCCAUGGACGAGGCGCAGCUGGCGGCGACGGCCGGCUUCCGCGCGUUCAUGCGCAUGAUCGAGGUGAACCACGCGAGCGUCGAGGAGAUCAUCGCCCACUUCUCGCCGGACGACUUCGUGGUGCAGGAGUGGAAAACCGAGACCGCUUUCGAGAAACACGAAGAGUCGCGCCUUAUCUCGUCGAGCGAAGUCCGCACCACUGUCACGAAGAAAAAACACAAGAAACUACGAUCCGAACGGAAGCAGCAGCAGCAGCACCAGAGACAGUUGGAGUCGGAGGAGAUCGUCGACAGCGAAGAAUCGAUCGAUGAGCGGCUGCGCAUUACGCAGCAGCGGCGGCGCCCCCGGCCACCUCUGCAACCUCUCCGGCCGAUACUGCCGAACGAGGAGCAGGUGCCGGAGGAGCUGACGGCCGACUUUGUGACCUCACCGAUGCGUGAGUCCCUGGCGUUACCUCUCGAGAUAGCGGCCAUUGCAAACGAGCCGACCGUCCUGGCGCAGGUGUCGGAUCUCGUACCGGGUGGACCAGCGACCGCCACCGGCACUAGUGCCACGGUGCCGCUGGUCCGCAGCCAGGCCCUGGUGGCCGAGGAGACAGUCUCCUCGGAGCGGGAAAUCGAGGCGAUGCUGGCCGACAGUGCCAAACUGGCGGCCAGCCCGCACUACCAGUUGUACCACGGUCUGAACGAGCCGCUAGAAGUUUCCGAAGUACGCCCGCAGGAGCACUCGACGGACGGGUACGGUCCGGUUCGGGUGCCCGCGCCCGUUGCGCUGGCCCCUUCACCGGCCGUCCCGACCGUACCGAUCCAGCCACUCGUGGUCAGUGAAUCGACCGCGCACGAACAAGCAACCGCGUUGGAGCGGGUCCCCGCUAGUGCCCUGGGUAACGCCACGGUACAGCUACUGACGCACGAUGCGACCAUCGUGGAGGAGACGCUUCCGUCGCUGCCGGAACAGCCUCUGGCCCUGCAGCGUCCCACACCGAGCCGGGCGCACCCGGACGUGCGGUCCCAGGAGUCGCUCCAGGUAACGGAACUGACGGAGCGUACCUUCGAAAAGGAGGACACAUUCGAGGGCGCCGGUCUCCGAAUGCCGGCCACCGUGCAGCCCCACUACCAGCUACUCCCUUCGGAGUCCAUCCAGACCGAGGAAACGGUCGCGCAGGACGCACCGGCCCGGUACUACCCCGAACUGGUCGUUCCGACCGAGAGUGCCCGCCGUAGCGUCAUUGAGCAGCGGUCCUACACGACGGAGGAGAUGCACGCGCCCGAAAAGGAGGACGCGUACGUGCCGGGGCGCUUGCCACCGCAGCAGUGGGCCGAUGUGCAGCUAUCCCGGACCCGCGAGUCCCUCACCGUGACAGCCCAGCACGUGGAGGAGUCCGAAAUGGAGUUCUCGGCCGUUGCGCCGAUUAGCUCGGUGCACGCCAUCGGAACCGUGGCCGUCCUCGAGGGCCAGCUCACGACGCAGUUGGUCCAGGAGAGUGCCCGAGCAGAGGAGUUGCCAGCGGCGGCGGCAUAUGAGACCCGCGUCGCCACCGUUGAGUUUCUCGAGCGAACCAGCGUCUCGGUGUCGAAGGUGGUAAGCGGUGAACGCGAAUCAACGUUGGCCCCAUUCGAACCGGCCCGGCCUGGCUUAGCCCAGCCGACUCUCAGCGCCCUGCCCGGUGGCGUCGCGAGCCAGGCGACGGAAGCGUUCGUCCACGAACGAGAAUCCCCGUACUAUGGUGGUCAGCUGCAGCCGAACCUGGCCACGGCGGCCACGCUUCUGGAGCCGAUCGAGAACCUGUCGGUGACGGAGGUUGAAACGGCCGACACUACCGGGCGGUUCUCGCCCGAGUCCGAGAGCAGAGCCGAGCACCUCGUGCCCAGCUUCGUGGCGGUUCAGUCACACACCACCGUCGCCGUGACGGUGGUGAACGAGAAAGAGUCCGAGCUGGCCCCCGAGCGAUCGCAGCCGACGGUGCGCGCGGAGCAGCAGUUUGCCGUACAGAACCCGCUCGAGGUGGUCCAGCAUCAGGCGGUGGCCGAAAGCGAAUCUACGUUCCGGCCAGCGGUCGCACCGGCGAACCAAUCGAUACGACCCACGCCGGCCACCGACGAAACGCACCGCUCGGUCCAGGUCCAGGAAACGAUCGCCAUCGUGUCAGCGGGAGAGCUGCCGGAAGCCAACGCCGCACAGCAGCAGGCAGGGCUGCGCUUGACGGGCGAUCUCGAGGAGAAGAUCGUGUCCGAAACGACGAUCUACGAGACGGUCCGGGAGCACGUUCCGUCCGAAGCGGUCGAACAGCGGACGGCCGAGCCACUGUGGCCAGAACCAACGGCCGGUCUCGUGGUGACGGAGGUGAUUGAAAGUCGGCGUGCGACAGACGGUACGGGGACGAGCGACGCAAAAGACUACACCCUCCGGCCAACACCAACGCACGCCCUCAAGAGUGUACUGAUUGAGCAGACGCUCCCGAGCGAUGGGUGCGAGCAGUUCGAGAGGCAACCGCAGCAACCGACAACCCGGGCGAACGUCCGGGGCUCCGAGCUAGACGAAACGAUCGUGUCGGAAACGAUGGUCCUGGAACGCACCGAGCACUACUCGGCACCAGAAACGCCCGCCGGCAAGUUGGCCCUUACGCAGCUCGAACCGAUCGAAGGUCUGACGGUGACGGAGGUUGUACCGGAGCAGCGUGAGCACUGGACGGAGGAACCGGUGUCGGCACGGGACGCCACGGCUACCGCGGUCCCCGCAGAAGCGCACCGUACCGUACUGAUCGAAGAGGUGCAGCUAUCGUCCCGUACCACCGACACACCGGCCGCACCCGAGACACACCCGGCCGAAGCGAACGUCGGGCAGGAGCAACUCGAGCAGACGAGCUCCGUGACGGGCGCCCCGUUGGUGUUGGAAGCCACGGCCCACCUGGACGCGGUCCGGCCGGAAACGAAGCAAGCCGAAACGCUGCUGGAGCCCCGCAACGAACUCACCGUCACCGAGGUGAUCACCGAUGACAGAGCCACCGACCGUGUCUUAGUGGGGGGAGAUGCAACGACCAAGGACUACCGUUUGCGACCGGUUCCAACGCACUCGUUGCGGUCCGUGCAGGUGGAAACGAUCGAAGCGGUCGAUCGUGUCGAACGUAUCGAUGAGACGCCCUCAGCAGAACACUCGGCGACCGUGGUGCCGCGGGAGCGGCUGGAGGAGAAAAUCGUCACCGAGCAGGUGGCACUGGAGCUCACCGUCGAUCGAACGGGCGCGGAACUGCUGACGGUGCACCGCCAAGCCGAGUCCACGAUGGCCGAACCCACGAGCAGUGAGCUGCUCGUGACGGAGAUCAUCGUCAGCGAGCGGAGUGAACGGGCCGGACAAGCCGAGCAGCUGAAGGAUGCCCGGGCGCUGGCCGUACCCUCGCACACCCUCCGGGCUGCCGCGGUGGAGCAAGUACAACCGGCCGAUACCGUGCACCCGUGUCCGGAAGACCGCGCACCAGAGCAACUGCUGGCCAGCAGCGUAGGUCAACUCGAACAAACGCGUAUCGUGUCGGAAACGAUCGCGUACGAAGCCACGGGACCGAUGCGCCUCGGACCGGAAGCGCCGGAGGCGAAGCAGGCCGAUCUGACACUCCUGCCCGUCACAGGGCUAAUCGUGAGCGAAACGCAUGCGGAGCAGCACGAAAACGAAGGCCUCCAACCGCUGGUGGCCUCGGGCUACGUUGCCAAGCAGUCGCCCGCCGAGCCGCUUAAGUCGGCCAUGGUCGAGGAAACGAUCGCAAGCGAGAACGCCUCCAAGUUUAGUGAAGUCCCAGCCCCAAGCACAACGGCCUCGGCCACCAUCGGGAGCGAACGCGAACAGACCACCACGGCGGAAACGUUCGCCUUCGAGGAUACGCCCGAGCUGCCGGCCAGUGCCCAGGAGCCCGCGACCAAAUCAGCGGAACCCGCGCUCGAGCCGCUACUGGGGGCGGCUGUCGUGACGGAAGUGACCACGGGACAACGCGAGGGGUACGACGGUGUGGCGGAACAGGUGAAAGAUCACACCGCGACGGUGACAACCGGCCACGGUCUCAAGACGGUCACGGUCGAAGAGGUGACCGUCGCAGACAGCGUUGAUCACCUGCCGCAACAGGACGCCACCGGCGGUUCGGUAGCGACGGUGCGUAGUGGCCAGUUCGAAGAAACGACCGUCGUGGAGACGACCGUCUAUGAAGGGGCACGCCACCUGCCUGAGGACGAGGUCCCCGCGAUCCGCGGGGUCGAUCACUCGUACGUCCCGAACGUGGAGCUGAUCGUAACGGAAGUCGUGCCGGAGCAGCGAGAAAGAGAAGGCUAUAGCGUGGCGGAACUCGCCCGAGAUCAUACGGCCACCCGGACCAUCACGGAGCACGUGCGGAAGUCACUGACGGUACAGGAAACCCUCACGGGUGAGAGUGUCACCCGGAUCGACCAACCGGCGGAGCUGCCGACUGGUGCUGCCACCGUGCAGGACGAUCGGCUAGAGGGGACGGUCGUGCGGGAAGCGCUGGUACUCGAGAGCCUUGACGGCUACACGCAUGAGUUUAACCCAUCCCAGCAACAGGCCCACCCGACGGUGGUGCCCAUCGUGACGGAGCUCCUCGUAACGGAGAUCGUGACGGAGCAGCGUGAAAAAGAAGGUUACUCCGUGCAAGACGUAGCCCGGGAGCACUCGGCCAAGGUACUGCCCUCGCACACCCUCUCGUCGGUGACGGUGGAAGAGGUUCUGCCAGCGGACAUGCUAGGGGACGUAGUAGCAGGCGAGGACGCCCGGCCUACGACGGCCAGCGUACGACGACCGGAGCACCUGGACGCACCGGCAACCUCCGAGCAGCUCAUCCUCGAGGGACUCGAACCGCUCGACGCUGAGUCAGCGCCGAGGCACCGAUCGGCCACCUCCCAGCUGGAACCGCCCAGCAGCAACGAGCUGCAGGUGACGGAGGUGGUCACGGAGCAGCGCGAACAGGAAGGAUUCGAUGUGCGCGAAAUCGCGAGCAACUACGUCGCGAAGGAAGUGCCCUCGCACACGCUCCGCUCGGUGCUGAUCGAAGAAACGCACGCGAUCGAUGACGUCAAGGAGUUCCUGGAGACGGCGCCCAGCUCGUACGCCCGACCUUCGGCCGACGAGCCCCGGGAGGAGCGCAUCGUGGCCGAGACGGUCGUGCUGGAGUCGGAAGCCGUGCUCGAGCAACCGAACCGACCGGAGACACGGCACGCCGAGAAGGUGCUCCCGAGCCAGGCCGAGCUACAGGUGACGGAAGUAGUGCCGGAGCAGCGCGAACGCGAGGGAUACAGUGUUGCCGACCUGCUCGAGCAACAACUGGCCCGGACGGUGCCACUGGAACCGAUGAAAUCGGUCAACGUACAAGAGGUGGUCACGUCGAGUACGGCGCCCAGUCUGGAAACGGAUCGCCCGACAUCCACGUCGGCAACGGUUCGCCGGGACGACGAUGGGUAUCUCCCGGCCAGCGUCUCGGAGCACGUGGUGUACGAGGGUCUGGACCGGUGUGAGCUACCGUCGGCUCCCGACGGCAAGAUUGCCGCCCGGGCAAUGCAACCCACCCAGCAGGAGCUGAUCGUGACCGAGGUACUGGCCUGCGAGCAGCGAGAAUCGGACGGAUUUGACGUACAGCAAAUCGCCAGCGGCCAUGCGGCUACCCGGGUACCGGCGCACAUUCUGAAACCACUGGCCGUGGAGCAGGUCGAGACGGCAGAGCGGCAUGGCGAAAUGGCCGUCGCUCCAAUGGUCGAACAGGGGCGUGCCUUGGUGAACGAGGCAGAAAACGAGCAAACGACCGUCUCGGAGACGCUCGUCUACGAGCAACUGUCAGAGAAGCCAUCGCAGCAGGCGGACGAGCGGCUGGCGAGCGUUGCCGUGCAACCGGCCCAAGAGCUCGUCGUCACCGAAGUGGUGGCGGAGCAGCGAGAAACGCAGCAGGCUGAGUUACCGGCACAGGACUAUCAAGUGCGCUCGGUGACGGAACAGAUCCUGCACAAAUCGGUGGAAGUACGCGAAGUGCAGACUACGGACGAUCUAACGGAGUUGGAGCUCGAGCUGCGCACGGUAACCGCCGCGUCACGGACCGAUCGGUUUCAGGAAACGGUCCGCUCGGAAACUACCGUUCUGGAGGGUGUUACGGCGCUCGCCGCCGACAGCCACCCAGGGGGCAAACUGGCCACGUCCAGCGUGCUUCCGAUCGACGAACUCACCGUGACGGAAGUAAUCACGGGGCAGCGUGAACGCGAAGGGUACGCUGUGCACGAGCUGGCCAAAGACUUCAUCCAGACGGCCCAGCCACUGCCGGGUGCAACGCUGCGCAGUCUGCUGGUGGCCCAGGUCGAAGUGUCCCAGGACGCCGAGGUGCUACCGGCGGCGCCGGCCAGCACGUCACAGACGGCCAACGCCAUCAAGGAACUGCACCAAGAGCCGGCCACCGUAUCGGAAACGUUCGUGUACGAAAACGUUGGCCCACAACAGGAGCUACUCGGGGCGACGCCCGAGCUACACCAAGCUGCCGCCAGCUUAGAUGCCGUUUCCGGCGUGACAAUAUCGGAAGUGGUGACCAGCCAGAGCGCAACGGAAGGCGUUACCAGCGUGGAGCUGGAACACGCCCAGAAGGCGAAGCUGCUCCAGAGCAGCGAUGUGAUGAAGUCACUCACGGUGCAGCAAAUCGACGUGUUACAGAGUGCGACCGACGGUGCGCCACUAGCGGCGUCGUUUCCGGUCACGAAGGCCCUGGUCAAGAGUGAUACCGUCGACGAGACGACGGUCAUCGAAACGGUGACACUGGAGAGCGUCUCCGAGUACCGGCCGCGUCCGGAAGCCGGCGAACAUGCGGCCGAACAUGCCGGAGAGAAGCCACUCAUGCAGCCACUGCUCGUGGAGCAAGUGGAAGCGGAACAGAAAGCGGGACCGUUCGAGCUCGUGCCAUCGAAGCCUGCCGAGGCUAGCUUCGUUCCCGAGCAGCUCCUCCAGACCACGGUCCAAGAAACGACCGUCUACGAGGGAGCGGAAAAGCUGGCGGACGGUGCGCCUCUCGAGGCCAAGUAUCCCACGUUCAGUGUGCCCCAAGGGCUGCAGCUACCGGUCCAAACGGAGAUCAGUGUGUCGGACGGCACGUCGGAGAUGGCACCGCACGAGGACCGGCCGACGGCCAGCGUUCAACCGACGCUCCUGGAGCUGCUUCCUGCGGCGUUUACGACGGAAACUUUUGGCCAAGACUCGAUCGAAAGAUUAGCGGAAGCCGCUGCAACUCUGCAGACGGCCCAGCGUACGGUGUCGAAGCUGAUUGCUUCGACCACCACCGAAACGGUGCUGGAUGAGGGGCUCGAUCGGGCCGACUUUAGCAUUGCGUCUGAGGCUCAGUCUGCGUCUGUCAGGUUUACCGACUUCACCGUCCCCGUGCAGUCCCAACUGCUGCCCUCCGACACGGCGCGCCCAUUCGCUGAGACCGCUCAGCCAAGUAAGUUCGCUUCCGCGCUGGUGGAAGAAGGUUUGAGGGCACCGGAAUGUCUAGAGGUAGCGAGUAGCGAGCUAAGCGACGUCGCUGUAAAUUUCGUAACGCCGGGACGCCAGGCGUCCGUUUCGUUUAUCACUAACCAAACGGUCAAUGUUUCGGAAACGACUCUGGGCGAGUGCGUGGAUCGGAUCGAGCUUGCGCAAGAACCCGAGCAGCGGUUCGCAAGAGUCACUCAAUCUACACUGCUCACGUACGGGGAAGAGUCCGCCCCUGUGAUCGAGAAGGAACUACCUGAAGAGAUACGAAUCAUCGACAAGCUCACCGCGGAAGGCAAGGCCACGAAGCAAGUGAUCAAGAAACGCGUCAUCAAGAAGAAGGCUGGCAAGAAGGAGCAGGUCACUGAGAUCGUCACAGUUCAAGAAGACGAUCAGGUACCUCAAACGACGGUUACUGUCACGGAGAAGGAGCUUCCGUUUGAAGAAGUCACCGAGUUCAUGCCAGCUCUCAUGCAACCUCAAGAAGCGAUCGUCCAGGAAAUGCCUGAGGAGGUGAAAGUAACUGAAGUAAUCACCGAGGAAGGCAAGGCCAAGAAGCAAGUGAUCAAGAAACGCGUCAUCAAGAAGAAGGCUGGCAAGAAGGAGCAGGUCACUGAGAUCGUCACAGUUCAAGAAGACGAUCAGGUACCUCAAACGACGGUUACUGUCACGGAGAAGGAGCUUCCGUUUGAAGAAGUCACCGAGUUCAUGCCAGCUCUCAUGCAACCUCAAGAAGCGAUCGUCCAGGAAAUGCCCGAGGAGGUGAAAGUAACUGAAGUAAUCACCGAGGAAGGCAAGGCCAAGAAGCAAGUGAUCAAGAAACGCGUCAUCAAGAAGAAGGCUGGCAAGAAGGAGCAGGUCACUGAGAUCGUCACAGUUCAAGAAGACGAUCAGGUACCUCAAACGACGGUUACUGUCACGGAGAAGGAGCUUCCGUUUGAAGAAGUCACCGAGUUCAUGCCAGCUCUCAUGCAACCUCAAGAAGCGAUCGUCCAGGAAAUGCCUGAGGAGGUGAAAGUAACUGAAGUAAUCACCGAGGAAGGCAAGGCCAAGAAGCAAGUGAUCAAGAAACGCGUCAUCAAGAAGAAGGCUGGCAAGAAGGAGCAGGUCACUGAGAUCGUCACAGUUCAAGAAGACGAUCAGGUACCUCAAACGACGGUUACUGUCACGGAGAAGGAGCUUCCGUUUGAAGAAGUCACCGAGUUCAUGCCAGCUCUCAUGCAACCUCAAGAAGCGAUCGUCCAGGAAAUGCCCGAGGAGGUGAAAGUAACUGAAGUAAUCACCGAGGAAGGCAAGGCCAAGAAGCAAGUGAUCAAGAAACGCGUCAUCAAGAAGAAGGCUGGCAAGAAGGAGCAGGUCACUGAGAUCGUCACAGUUCAAGAAGACGAUCAGGUACCUCAAACGACGGUUACUGUCACGGAGAAGGAGCUUCCGUUUGAAGAAGUCACCGAGUUCAUGCCAGCUCUCAUGCAACCUCAAGAAGCGAUCGUCCAGGAAAUGCCCGAGGAGGUGAAAGUAACUGAAGUAAUCACCGAGGAAGGCAAGGCCAAGAAGCAAGUGAUCAAGAAACGCGUCAUCAAGAAGAAGGCUGGCAAGAAGGAGCAGGUCACUGAGAUCGUCACAGUUCAAGAAGACGAUCAGGUACCUCAAACGACGGUUACUGUCACGGAGAAGGAGCUUCCGUUUGAAGAAGUCAAAGAAGCGAUCGUCCAGGAAAUGCCCGAGGAGGUGAAAGUAACUGAAGUAAUCACCGAGGAAGGCAAGGCCAAGAAGCAAGUGAUCAAGAAACGCGUCAUCAAGAAGAAGGCUGGCAAGAAGGAGCAGGUCACUGAGAUCGUCACAGUUCAAGAAGACGAUCAGGUACCUCAAACGACGGUUACUGUCACGGAGAAGGAGCUUCCGUUUGAAGAAGUCACCGAGUUCAUGCCAGCUCUCAUGCAACCUCAAGAAGCGAUCGUCCAGGAAAUGCCUGAGGAGGUGAAAGUAACUGAAGUAAUCACCGAGGAAGGCAAGGCCAAGAAGCAAGUGAUCAAGAAACGCGUCAUCAAGAAGAAGGCUGGCAAGAAGGAGCAGGUCACUGAGAUCGUCACAGUUCAAGAAGACGAUCAGGUACCUCAAACGACGGUUACUGUCACGGAGAAGGAGCUUCCGUUUGAAGAAGUCACCGAGUUCAUGCCAGCUCUCAUGCAACCUCAAGAAGCGAUCGUCCAGGAAAUGCCUGAGGAGGUGAAAGUAACUGAAGUAAUCACCGAGGAAGGCAAGGCCAAGAAGCAAGUGAUCAAGAAACGCGUCAUCAAGAAGAAGGCUGGCAAGAAGGAGCAGGUCACUGAGAUCGUCACAGUUCAAGAAGACGAUCAGGUACCUCAAACGACGGUUACUGUCACGGAGAAGGAGCUUCCGUUUGAAGAAGUCACCGAGUUCAUGCCAGCUCUCAUGCAACCUCAAGAAGCGAUCGUCCAGGAAAUGCCUGAGGAGGUGAAAGUAACUGAAGUAAUCACCGAGGAAGGCAAGGCCAAGAAGCAAGUGAUCAAGAAACGCGUCAUCAAGAAGAAGGCUGGCAAGAAGGAGCAGGUCACUGAGAUCGUCACAGUUCAAGAAGACGAUCAGGUACCUCAAACGACGGUUACUGUCACGGAGAAGGAGCUUCCGUUUGAAGAAGUCACCGAGUUCAUGCCAGCUCUCAUGCAACCUCAAGAAGCGAUCGUCCAGGAAAUGCCUGAGGAGGUGAAAGUAACUGAAGUAAUCACCGAGGAAGGCAAGGCCAAGAAGCAAGUGAUCAAGAAACGCGUCAUCAAGAAGAAGGCUGGCAAGAAGGAGCAGGUCACUGAGAUCGUCACAGUUCAAGAAGACGAUCAGGUACCUCAAACGACGGUUACUGUCACGGAGAAGGAGCUUCCGUUUGAAGAAGUCACCGAGUUCAUGCCAGCUCUCAUGCAACCUCAAGAAGCGAUCGUCCAGGAAAUGCCUGAGGAGGUGAAAGUAACUGAAGUAAUCACCGAGGAAGGCAAGGCCAAGAAGCAAGUGAUCAAGAAACGCGUCAUCAAGAAGAAGGCUGGCAAGAAGGAGCAGGUCACUGAGAUCGUCACAGUUCAAGAAGACGAUCAGGUACCUCAAACGACGGUUACUGUCACGGAGAAGGAGCUUCCGUUUGAAGAAGUCACCGAGUUCAUGCCAGCUCUCAUGCAACCUCAAGAAGCGAUCGUCCAGGAAAUGCCUGAGGAGGUGAAAGUAACUGAAGUAAUCACCGAGGAAGGCAAGGCCAAGAAGCAAGUGAUCAAGAAACGCGUCAUCAAGAAGAAGGCUGGCAAGAAGGAGCAGGUCACUGAGAUCGUCACAGUUCAAGAAGACGAUCAGGUACCUCAAACGACGGUUACUGUCACGGAGAAGGAGCUUCCGUUUGAAGAAGUCACCGAGUUCAUGCCAGCUCUCAUGCAACCUCAAGAAGCGAUCGUCCAGGAAAUGCCUGAGGAGGUGAAAGUAACUGAAGUAAUCACCGAGGAAGGCAAGGCCAAGAAGCAAGUGAUCAAGAAACGCGUCAUCAAGAAGAAGGCUGGCAAGAAGGAGCAGGUCACUGAGAUCGUCACAGUUCAAGAAGACGAUCAGGUACCUCAAACGACGGUUACUGUCACGGAGAAGGAGCUUCCGUUUGAAGAAGUCACCGAGUUCAUGCCAGCUCUCAUGCAACCUCAAGAAGCGAUCGUCCAGGAAAUGCCUGAGGAGGUGAAAGUAACUGAAGUAAUCACCGAGGAAGGCAAGGCCAAGAAGCAAGUGAUCAAGAAACGCGUCAUCAAGAAGAAGGCUGGCAAGAAGGAGCAGGUCACUGAGAUCGUCACAGUUCAAGAAGACGAUCAGGUACCUCAAACGACGGUUACUGUCACGGAGAAGGAGCUUCCGUUUGAAGAAGUCACCGAGUUCAUGCCAGCUCUCAUGCAACCUCAAGAAGCGAUCGUCCAGGAAAUGCCUGAGGAGGUGAAAGUAACUGAAGUAAUCACCGAGGAAGGCAAGGCCAAGAAGCAAGUGAUCAAGAAACGCGUCAUCAAGAAGAAGGCUGGCAAGAAGGAGCAGGUCACUGAGAUCGUCACAGUUCAAGAAGACGAUCAGGUACCUCAAACGACGGUUACUGUCACGGAGAAGGAGCUUCCGUUUGAAGAAGUCACCGAGUUCAUGCCAGCUCUCAUGCAACCUCAAGAAGCGAUCGUCCAGGAAAUGCCUGAGGAGGUGAAAGUAACUGAAGUAAUCACCGAGGAAGGCAAGGCCAAGAAGCAAGUGAUCAAGAAACGCGUCAUCAAGAAGAAGGCUGGCAAGAAGGAGCAGGUCACUGAGAUCGUCACAGUUCAAGAAGACGAUCAGGUACCUCAAACGACGGUUACUGUCACGGAGAAGGAGCUUCCGUUUGAAGAAGUCACCGAGUUCAUGCCAGCUCUCAUGCAACCUCAAGAAGCGAUCGUCCAGGAAAUGCCCGAGGAGGUGAAAGUAACUGAAGUAAUCACCGAGGAAGGCAAGGCCAAGAAGCAAGUGAUCAAGAAACGCGUCAUCAAGAAGAAGGCUGGCAAGAAGGAGCAGGUCACUGAGAUCGUCACAGUUCAAGAAGACGAUCAGGUACCUCAAACGACGGUUACUGUCACGGAGAAGGAGCUUCCGUUUGAAGAAGUCACCGAGUUCAUGCCAGCUCUCAUGCAACCUCAAGAAGCGAUCGUCCAGGAAAUGCCCGAGGAGGUGAAAGUAACUGAAGUAAUCACCGAGGAAGGCAAGGCCAAGAAGCAAGUGAUCAAGAAACGCGUCAUCAAGAAGAAGGCUGGCAAGAAGGAGCAGGUCACUGAGAUCGUCACAGUUCAAGAAGACGAUCAGGUACCUCAAACGACGGUUACUGUCACGGAGAAGGAGCUUCCGUUUGAAGAAGUCACCGAGUUCAUGCCAGCUCUCAUGCAACCUCAAGAAGCGAUCGUCCAGGAAAUGCCUGAGGAGGUGAAAGUAACUGAAGUAAUCACCGAGGAAGGCAAGGCCAAGAAGCAAGUGAUCAAGAAACGCGUCAUCAAGAAGAAGGCUGGCAAGAAGGAGCAGGUCACUGAGAUCGUCACAGUUCAAGAAGACGAUCAGGUACCUCAAACGACGGUUACUGUCACGGAGAAGGAGCUUCCGUUUGAAGAAGAAAUGCCCGAGGAGGUGAAAGAAAUGCCCGAGGAGGUGAAAGUAACUGAAGUAAUCACCGAGGAAGGCAAGGCCAAGAAGCAAGUGAUCAAGAAACGCGUCAUCAAGAAGAAGGCUGGCAAGAAGGAGCAGGUCACUGAGAUCGUCACAGUUCAAGAAGACGAUCAGGUACCUCAAACGACGGUUACUGUCACGGAGAAGGAGCUUCCGUUUGAAGAAUCACCGAUUUUGUCAGCUCCUAUGCAACCUCAAGAAGCGAUCGUCCAGGAAAUGCCCGAGGAGGUGAAAGUAACUGAAGUAAUCACCGAGGAAGGCAAGGCCAAGAAGCAAGUGAUCAAGAAACGCGUCAUCAAGAAGAAGGCUGGCAAGAAGGAGCAGGUCACUGAGAUCGUCACAGUUCAAGAAGACGAUCAGGUACCUCAAACGACGGUUACUGUCACGGAGAAGGAGCUUCCGUUUGAAGAAGUCACCGAGUUCAUGCCAGCUCUCAUGCAACCUCAAGAAGCGAUCGUCCAGGAAAUGCCUGAGGAGGUGAAAGUAACUGAAGUAAUCACCGAGGAAGGCAAGGCCAAGAAGCAAGUGAUCAAGAAACGCGUCAUCAAGAAGAAGGCUGGCAAGAAGGAGCAGGUCACUGAGAUCGUCACAGUUCAAGAAGACGAUCAGGUACCUCAAACGACGGUUACUGUCACGGAGAAGGAGCUUCCGUUUGAAGAAGUCACCGAGUUCAUGCCAGCUCUCAUGCAACCUCAAGAAGCGAUCGUCCAGGAAAUGCCUGAGGAGGUGAAAGUAACUGAAGUAAUCACCGAGGAAGGCAAGGCCAAGAAGCAAGUGAUCAAGAAACGCGUCAUCAAGAAGAAGGCUGGCAAGAAGGAGCAGGUCAAGAUCGUCACAGUUCAAGAAGACGAUCAGGUACCUCAAACGACGGUUACUGUCACGGAGAAGGAGCUUCCGUUUGAAGAAGUCACCGAGUUCAUGCCAGCUCUCAUGCAACCUCAAGAAGCGAUCGUCCAGGAAAUGCCUGAGGAGGUGAAAGUAACUGAAGUAAUCACCGAGGAAGGCAAGGCCAAGAAGCAAGUGAUCAAGAAACGCGUCAUCAAGAAGAAGGCUGGCAAGAAGGAGCAGGUCACUGAGAUCGUCACAGUUCAAGAAGACGAUCAGGUACCUCAAACGACGGUUACUGUCACGGAGAAGGAGCUUCCGUUUGAAGAAGUCACCGAGUUCAUGCCAGCUCUCAUGCAACCUCAAGAAGCGAUCGUCCAGGAAAUGCCUGAGGAGGUGAAAGUAACUGAAGUAAUCACCGAGGAAGGCAAGGCCAAGAAGCAAGUGAUCAAGAAACGCGUCAUCAAGAAGAAGGCUGGCAAGAAGGAGCAGGUCACUGAGAUCGUCACAGUUCAAGAAGACGAUCAGGUACCUCAAACGACGGUUACUGUCACGGAGAAGGAGCUUCCGUUUGAAGAAGUCACCGAGUUCAUGCCAGCUCUCAUGCAACCUCAAGAAGCGAUCGUCCAGGAAAUGCCUGAGGAGGUGAAAGUAACUGAAGUAAUCACCGAGGAAGGCAAGGCCAAGAAGCAAGUGAUCAAGAAACGCGUCAUCAAGAAGAAGGCUGGCAAGAAGGAGCAGGUCACUGAGAUCGUCACAGUUCAAGAAGACGAUCAGGUACCUCAAACGACGGUUACUGUCACGGAGAAGGAGCUUCCGUUUGAAGAAGAAAUGCCUGAGGAGGUGAAAGAAAUGCCUGAGGAGGUGAAAGUAACUGAAGUAAUCACCGAGGAAGGCAAGGCCAAGAAGCAAGUGAUCAAGAAACGCGUCAUCAAGAAGAAGGCUGGCAAGAAGGAGCAGGUCACUGAGAUCGUCACAGUUCAAGAAGACGAUCAGGUACCUCAAACGACGGUUACUGUCACGGAGAAGGAGCUUCCGUUUGAAGAACACCGAGUUCAUGCCAGCUCUAUGCAACCUCAAGAAGCGAUCGUCCAGGAAAUGCCUGAGGAGGUGAAAGUAACUGAAGUAAUCACCGAGGAAGGCAAGGCCAAGAAGCAAGUGAUCAAGAAACGCGUCAUCAAGAAGAAGGCUGGCAAGAAGGAGCAGGUCACUGAGAUCGUCACAGUUCAAGAAGACGAUCAGGUACCUCAAACGACGGUUACUGUCACGGAGAAGGAGCUUCCGUUUGAAGAAGUCACCGAGUUCAUGCCAGCUCUCAUGCAACCUCAAGAAGCGAUCGUCCAGGAAAUGCCUGAGGAGGUGAAAGUAACUGAAGUAAUCACCGAGGAAGGCAAGGCCAAGAAGCAAGUGAUCAAGAAACGCGUCAUCAAGAAGAAGGCUGGCAAGAAGGAGCAGGUCACUGAGAUCGUCACAGUUCAAGAAGACGAUCAGGUACCUCAAACGACGGUUACUGUCACGGAGAAGGAGCUUCCGUUUGAAGAAGUCACCGAGUUCAUGCCAGCUCUCAUGCAACCUCAAGAAGCGAUCGUCCAGGAAAUGCCCGAGGAGGUGAAAGUAACUGAAGUAAUCACCGAGGAAGGCAAGGCCAAGAAGCAAGUGAUCAAGAAACGCGUCAUCAAGAAGAAGGCUGGCAAGAAGGAGCAGGUCACUGAGAUCGUCACAGUUCAAGAAGACGAUCAGGUACCUCAAACGACGGUUACUGUCACGGAGAAGGAGCUUCCGUUUGAAGAAGUCACCGAGUUCAUGCCAGCUCUCAUGCAACCUCAAGAAGCGAUCGUCCAGGAAAUGCCUGAGGAGGUGAAAGUAACUGAAGUAAUCACCGAGGAAGGCAAGGCCAAGAAGCAAGUGAUCAAGAAACGCGUCAUCAAGAAGAAGGCUGGCAAGAAGGAGCAGGUCACUGAGAUCGUCACAGUUCAAGAAGACGAUCAGGUACCUCAAACGACGGUUACUGUCACGGAGAAGGAGCUUCCGUUUGAAGAAGUCACCGAGUUCAUGCCAGCUCUCAUGCAACCUCAAGAAGCGAUCGUCCAGGAAAUGCCCGAGGAGGUGAAAGUAACUGAAGUAAUCACCGAGGAAGGCAAGGCCAAGAAGCAAGUGAUCAAGAAACGCGUCAUCAAGAAGAAGGCUGGCAAGAAGGAGCAGGUCACUGAGAUCGUCACAGUUCAAGAAGACGAUCAGGUACCUCAAACGACGGUUACUGUCACGGAGAAGGAGCUUCCGUUUGAAGAAGUCACCGAGUUCAUGCCAGCUCUCAUGCAACCUCAAGAAGCGAUCGUCCAGGAAAUGCCUGAGGAGGUGAAAGUAACUGAAGUAAUCACCGAGGAAGGCAAGGCCAAGAAGCAAGUGAUCAAGAAACGCGUCAUCAAGAAGAAGGCUGGCAAGAAGGAGCAGGUCACUGAGAUCGUCACAGUUCAAGAAGACGAUCAGGUACCUCAAACGACGGUUACUGUCACGGAGCAAGAAGCGAUCGUCCAGGAAAUGCCUGAGGAGGUGAAAGUAACUGAAGUAAUCACCGAGGAAGGCAAGGCCAAGAAGCAAGUGAUCAAGAAACGCGUCAUCAAGAAGAAGGCUGGCAAGAAGGAGCAGGUCACUGAGAUCGUCACAGUUCAAGAAGACGAUCAGGUACCUCAAACGACGGUUACUGUCACGGAGAAGGAGCUUCCGUUUGAAGAAGUCACCGAGUUCAUGCCAGCUCUCAUGCAACCUCAAGAAGCGAUCGUCCAGGAAAUGCCCGAGGAGGUGAAAGUAACUGAAGUAAUCACCGAGGAAGGCAAGGCCAAGAAGCAAGUGAUCAAGAAACGCGUCAUCAAGAAGAAGGCUGGCAAGAAGGAGCAGGUCACUGAGAUCGUCACAGUUCAAGAAGACGAUCAGGUACCUCAAACGACGGUUACUGUCACGGAGAAGGAGCUUCCGUUUGAAGAAGUCACCGAGUUCAUGCCAGCUCUCAUGCAACCUCAAGAAGCGAUCGUCCAGGAAAUGCCUGAGGAGGUGAAAGUAACUGAAGUAAUCACCGAGGAAGGCAAGGCCAAGAAGCAAGUGAUCAAGAAACGCGUCAUCAAGAAGAAGGCUGGCAAGAAGGAGCAGGUCACUGAGAUCGUCACAGUUCAAGAAGACGAUCAGGUACCUCAAACGACGGUUACUGUCACGGAGAAGGAGCUUCCGUUUGAAGAAGUCACCGAGUUCAUGCCAGCUCUCAUGCAACCUCAAGAAGCGAUCGUCCAGGAAAUGCCUGAGGAGGUGAAAGUAACUGAAGUAAUCACCGAGGAAGGCAAGGCCAAGAAGCAAGUGAUCAAGAAACGCGUCAUCAAGAAGAAGGCUGGCAAGAAGGAGCAGGUCACUGAGAUCGUCACAGUUCAAGAAGACGAUCAGGUACCUCAAACGACGGUUACUGUCACGGAGAAGGAGCUUCCGUUUCCUGAGGAGGUGAAAGUAACUGAAGUAAUCACCGAGGAAGGCAAGGCCAAGAAGCAAGUGAUCAAGAAACGCGUCAUCAAGAAGAAGGCUGGCAAGAAGGAGCAGGUCACUCAAGAAGCGAUCGUCCAGGAAAUGCCCGAGGAGGUGAAAGUAACUGAAGUAAUCACCGAGGAAGGCAAGGCCAAGAAGCAAGUGAUCAAGAAACGCGUCAUCAAGAAGAAGGCUGGCAAGAAGGAGCAGGUCACUGAGAUCGUCACAGUUCAAGAAGACGAUCAGGUACCUCAAACGACGGUUACUGUCACGGAGAAGGAGCUUCCGUUUGAAGAAGUCACCGAGUUCAUGCCAGCUCUCAUGCAACCUCAAGAAGCGAUCGUCCAGGAAAUGCCCGAGGAGGUGAAAGUAACUGAAGUAAUCACCGAGGAAGGCAAGGCCAAGAAGCAAGUGAUCAAGAAACGCGUCAUCAAGAAGAAGGCUGGCAAGAAGGAGCAGGUCACUGAGAUCGUCACAGUUCAAGAAGACGAUCAGGUACCUCAAACGACGGUUACUGUCACGGAGAAGGAGCUUCCGUUUGAAGAAGUCACCGAGUUCAUGCCAGCUCUCAUGCAACCUCAAGAAGCGAUCGUCCAGGAAAUGCCUGAGGAGGUGAAAGUAACUGAAGUAAUCACCGAGGAAGGCAAGGCCAAGAAGCAAGUGAUCAAGAAACGCGUCAUCAAGAAGAAGGCUGGCAAGAAGGAGCAGGUCACUGAGAUCGUCACAGUUCAAGAAGACGAUCAGGUACCUCAAACGACGGUUACUGUCACGGAGAAGGAGCUUCCGUUUGAAGAAGUCACCGAGUUCAUGCCAGCUCUCAUGCAACCUCAAGAAGCGAUCGUCCAGGAAAUGCCUGAGGAGGUGAAAGUAACUGAAGUAAUCACCGAGGAAGGCAAGGCCAAGAAGCAAGUGAUCAAGAAACGCGUCAUCAAGAAGAAGGCUGGCAAGAAGGAGCAGGUCACUGAGAUCGUCACAGUUCAAGAAGACGAUCAGGUACCUCAAACGACGGUUACUGUCACGGAGAAGGAGCUUCCGUUUGAAGAAGUCACCGAGUUCAUGCCAGCUCUCAUGCAACCUCAAGAAGCGAUCGUCCAGGAAAUGCCCGAGGAGGUGAAAGUAACUGAAGUAAUCACCGAGGAAGGCAAGGCCAAGAAGCAAGUGAUCAAGAAACGCGUCAUCAAGAAGAAGGCUGGCAAGAAGGAGCAGGUCACUGAGAUCGUCACAGUUCAAGAAGACGAUCAGGUACCUCAAACGACGGUUACUGUCACGGAGAAGGAGCUUCCGUUUGAAGAAGUCACCGAGUUCAUGCCAGCUCUCAUGCAACCUCAAGAAGCGAUCGUCCAGGAAAUGCCCGAGGAGGUGAAAGUAACUGAAGUAAUCACCGAGGAAGGCAAGGCCAAGAAGCAAGUGAUCAAGAAACGCGUCAUCAAGAAGAAGGCUGGCAAGAAGGAGCAGGUCACUGAGAUCGUCACAGUUCAAGAGAGCGGCGAGCCACUGGCGGCGCACGAGCCGGAGCCCGAACAGGCGGUCGUAAUAGAUGAGCAACCGGAAACGGUCACCGUGAAGGAGGUGCUGACGUCCACUGGCGCUAUCGGUAAGCAGGUUACCAAAAAGAAAAUCAUCAAGAAGAAGGUCGGCCAGAAGGAAGAACAUAUCGAGGUGGUCACCAUCCAGCUGGAUGAUAUGCCGGCCGAAACCACGAUCACCGUCACCGAGGAGGAAGCCCCCACCCCGGCCACCCCGGAGCCAAACAAACCCAAGAAGAAGAAGGUUAAGACCAUCAAAACGAAGGACGACACGGAUGAUAUCAUUGAGCGGUUGCUGAACCUGGAAGUGAAGAAAACCGAACUGGAGCAGUACGAAAAGAUCGACGUUGAUCUGCCGAAACGGGUACGCCCUGUCGAAGAAACGACGAUCGAAGAGCACCCAGAGGUGAUGGAAGAAUGGAAAACGGACGGUGGGGCCGUUAAGAAGCAGAUCGUGAAGAAGAAGGUCACCAAAAAGCGGGUCGGUCCGAGAGAGGAGGUCACGGAAGAGGUGACUGUGCACGAGGACGGCAAGCAACCGGAAACAACGGUGACAGUCACUGAGCACCUGGUGCCGUACGAAGUGACGGAACCGUUCGAAGAAGAUUGGCUACCAGCGCAGGAAGCCGUGCUGGAAGAGUUCGGCAAACCGAUGGAAUUCACCACUACGAAGGUCACGAAGAAGAAAACAAAGAAACUGACGUUCACGGAGCCCGUGGAGGUGAUUGAGUUCGAGAGCAGCGCAGAGGAACCGUUGGUGGUGCAACCAUUGAUCGAAGAGCUGCCGGAACAGAUCGAAGUACUGGAGACAACCACCAGUGAGGGCCGACCGAAAAAGCAGGUCACAAAGACGAAGGUCAUCAAAAAGAAGACUGCCGAUAAGGUCGAAGAGGUGACGAUCGUGACCGUGCAGGAGGACGACCAGAUACCGGAAACAACCGUUACCAUGACGGAGGAGGAACUCGCCCCAGAAGCGACACUAGAAGACGCUACUCCGACAACUCCGACGGCUCCAGUCGCAGAGGUUAAAGUCAGCAAGAAGAAGGUGAAGAAGGUAAUCAAAAAGAAGGGCGAUGACACGGAUGACAUCAUCGAGAAGCUGCUGAAUCUGGAGGUCAAGAAAACAGAGCUCGAAAAGUACGAGCGGGUCGAUGUGGAGUUUAGGAAGAAAAUGAAACAACCCGAGGAACUGGAAGUGGAAGCACUGCAUCCGGAGGUGGCCGAAAUAUCGGACAUCGAACCGGUGCAUGUACCGAAGCGGAAGAAAAUUGUCAAGCUCAAACCAGUCACUCCGGAAACGGCCGAAGAGUACUCGGCUUCGUUGACACUCCAGCCAGCAACGGACGAAGCGUCGCCACAGCCUGACCAACAAGCGCAGCCUGCGGUAGUACUAGAACCGUACGAACAGGUUCAAGAGUUCGUCUUUGAAAUGCCACCGGAGCAGGUACCACUGCUCGAAGAAUUGCCCGAAGAGAUCCAGGUGCGUGAAGUGGUCACCGCUCGUGGCAAAACACGGCAGACGACCAAGCGGCGGGCGGUUAAGAAAACGAUCGGCGACAAGGAAGAGCUGGUUGAGAUCGUAACCGUUCAGGAAGAGGGUCAGAAGCCUGAAACGACCAUUACCAUCACCGAGUCGGAGCUCUCCGAGACGCCCAAACCGAAGGAGAAACCAAAGCUGCGGAAAAAGAAGGUCAAAACCAUCAAGACAACCGACGAGGUGGACGACAUCAUCGAGAAGCUACUCAAUUUGGAGGUGAAAAAGACCGAACUGGAGCGCUACGAGCGGGUCGAGGUCGAGCUGAAGAAACGGGCGAAGCAGGUGGUCGAGGAACUUAUUUACCAGCCCGAGGCGGCGAUGGCAGUGUUGGAAACGGUCGAACAACCGGCCCCGUCCACCGUCCGUCGGACAUCGGUCAAGGAGUUGGUGAAGGAACCGGAAGAAGGCAAGAAAAUCGCAAAGAAACAGAAACCAUCGAAACAACCUCAGCCGGCGGAGCAGCCGGUGACUAUAGAGGAUCUUCCAACGAUUCUGCAUGGUACGGAAGUGAUCACCACCGCCACCGUUGAGGAAAUGGAACAACCCGAGCCAGCAUCUCAGCAACCGCAGGAACCCGAUGCUGUUCCGGUGAAAACUAUCAAACGAAAGGUGACCAAGAAACCCAAAACGAGUCCCGAAGAAGAGGAACCAGUACAGCCAACAGGCUCCCCGGUGCAAGAGGCCGCGACCGAAGCAGACGUUGCCAUUCCGGAAACGGUCGAAACGUUUAAGCUAGCCGAGCUCACGGAAGAAGGUGUCGUGCGCGAGGUGAUCGUACCGGAAGCGAAGGCCCAGGAGGCGCUUGUUGAGGAUUACGCUACCGAGCCGUACUUGACGUACGAGGAGAGAUCACUGAAGAGAAAACCGUCAGCGGUGGAGGCUCCCGACACGGCGGAAGGUCCGAAGAAGGUCGAGAAGAAGGUACUGAAGAAAAAGCCAAAGCCCAAACCGGUCAAGCCCGAGGAGGACGAACAGUUGCAGCGGCUGCUGAACCUGGAGGUGGAAAAGACGCAACUCGAGCAGUACGAAAAGGUCGAGCUGGAGAGCAAGCCGAAACCGGAACGGCCCAAACCGGUUCUGGAACCGCAGCGCAUCGAACGGCGGGAACAGAAGCCGCAGAAGCUCAAGAUAUCCGAACCGGAAGAGCAACCGCAGAUGGUGCGCCUGCGCAAGGUCAAAGUACCGGAGCGCCGGGAGGCCGAAGAAGUGGUCGUACCGAAGGUGCUGCUUAAGAGCCGCAUGCUGAUGGUCGAGUAUCCGCCGGCGAUGCUCCAAUCAACGGUCACCGAUUUGUCCGCGGUAAGGGCGGUCGGUGAAAUGUUCCGAAUCGAAGAAGACGAGUCGGAGGUGCGGCUCAGAAAGUUAAAGAAAAUCAAAACCACCCGCGGCAAAAAGGUGGAGCUGGAGACGGCGGAUACGGGCGUGUUCGAAGAGGACCGCCCGGAGAAAGAGGAGUUCGAUCAGGAGGCACACAAAUACCAACGGAAGCCGAAGCAACCGGAUGGCGAGCAGCCGGACGAGAGAACGCUUAAGCUGGGCAAGGGCAAGCUCAAGCAGGACACCGACGAAGCGGAGGUCGUGAAGCUUAAGAAAACCCCCAAGAAACCCACAGAACCGGAAGCGGAAGAGCAGAAGCCGGUCAAGAAGGCGCAACAAAAGCCCCAGGAGCAGGAAACCGAGGAUCACCAGCGGCACGUUGAAAAGCCCACCUUCAAGCCGUCCGACAUUCCGGACUACUCGAUCGAUCGGGAAGAGUACGAGCCACCGGAACCACCGGCGGAACAGCCCGAAGAGGCGGUCGGCAAGAAACCGAAAACCAAGAAGAAACCCAAGAUCCCGGAGGUUGAGGAGGACGAACCGCGCAAGCUGGUAAUGGGCAAAGGAAAGCCAGCGCCCGACGUGCCCGAAGAGGACGUCAAGUUUAGGAUCCCGGUCGCGGAGAAGCCGCAUGACGAGCCGACCGACAUUAAGCUGAAGCCUUUCGAGCGGACUCCGUCGAGCGAUGAGAAACCGGAGCGAGACCGUGACCGCGAGAUGGCGCUACCGGUCGAGGCGGUUAAACCACAGGAACCGGAAACGGAACUACCGACGGAGUCGACGAAGGUGAUCAAGAAAGUGAUCAAGAAAACAAAACCCAAGCAAAAGCCCACGGACGAUGGCGAAACGCCAGUGGAACUGGAUGCCGAGCCAGCCGUUCCGGAAAUCGCGGAAGUUGUACCGGAUGUCGUACACGCGGUCCUUCCGAAGACGGUGCCCGAAGAAGAGUUCCAAAGAGCCGAAGAGCUACCGGUAGCUCCGGCACCGCAAACCGACGUCGUGGUUGAGCAGCUCCCGGAAGAGGUACAGGUAACGCAAGUUACGACCGAGUCCGGUGCCAUCGAGCAAACGACGGUGAAGCGGCGUGUAAUCCGGAAGAAGAAGCCGGACGAUACGGUGUCCGAGACCCAGAUCGAGGUGGUCACCGUCCAGACGGGUGACGAGCUUCCCGAGGCAACAGUUACAGUGACAACAACCACCACCGAGGUGGCCCCGGACGAGACUGUGCUGGCGGAGGCGCCGGCACCGGCGGUGCCCAAAAAGCGAACGGUGGUGCGCCUCAAGAAGUCGGCCAAGCCGGACACGCUGCAGGCGGACAUUGACCGGCUGCUGAGCCAGGAGAUCACCAAAACCGAGCUGGAGGUCUACGAACCGUCCGAGUACGAGCCGUCGAAGCGCUCCAAAGACCAACCGGACCAGGUAGUGGCGCCGGAUGAACCGGUGCCAGAACCGGUGCCAGAGCCGGUGCAACCGGUGCCCGUCCAGCCAAAGACCAAAGCUAAGAAACAACACCCAGUUACAUCACAAGAAACGAUCACAUCUACAGAACCAUUCGCCCCACUCGCACCGGAACAGACACUCGACACUACACACACUCCACAAGCCCUGGAGUCCUCACGUGCAACGACGGUCGACCUGCAGGAGGACACGUUCGUGACGAACGAGUUCGUCGAAACCGCACCGCUAGGCGAUGUGGUGCAGCCGGUCGACAUAGCAGAGAUGCCUUCGGAAACGCUCGCCGUAACGGCGAAACCGCAGGUAACGGCGGCACCCGUGGAGGAGUUUGCCGAGGUACCGGAAGAGCAGACCGGAGAUGACGUAGCCAGUGUGCGGCCCGAGGAGCUGCAAGCCACCGCGAUGGACAUUACAUCGGCCGUGACGGAGACAUCAACCGUGAGUAGACCGCUGCUUGAGGCAGCACCCGCAGAGGGUCAGUACGAUCAGCUGGAGGAGGAAGCCGACACCGUUCCGUCACUGUCACUGGACACCGUCCAGGUGGCCCCGACCGACGUGUCGGACGGUGCGAACGAGCGACCGAGCGUGCAGGGUAAACCCCUGCUCGAGGCGGCCCCGGUGCAGGAUCAGUGGGACGUGUCCAUCGAAGAGGCCGACACCGUGGCAUCGGUCACGCUCAACGAGGAACACCUGGCACCGGUAGAGGUGCCGGCCGCGGCCACCGAAGUGUCGGCCGUGGAGUUGCAGCCAACGGUGGCGACGGCACCCGCCGAGCCCGCCAAGAAGCCCGUCAAAAAGGUGACGGUGGUGAAGAAGAAGAAGGCCAGCAUCGAUGACGAUGCGGAACUGCAGCGGCUGCUGAACCUGGAGGUGGAAAAGACGGAACUUGAGCAGUACGAGCGGAUCGACGUGGACGCGAAGCAGAAGGUUAAACCGGAGACGGGUGAGAUUGCUAAGCUAGAACCGAUUAGGAUCGAACGCAAGGAACAGAAACCGACCAAACUCGAAGUCACUGACACACAAGAACCACAGACAGUUAAACUGCGCCGGACGGUCGUGCCGGAGCGGCCCGAAGUGAAGGAGGUGACCGUGCCGAAGGUGCUGCUCAAGAGCCGCAUCGAGCACGUCGAGCUGUCGGUGGCCGGGCAGCAACCGCAGGUGGUGCAGCUGGACACGAGACCGGGCGUAGGAAUGUUGUCGCGCAUCGAAGAGGACGAACCCGAGCGCACCAAGAAGAUCGUCAAGAAGGUGAAGGUGCUCAAGAAAGACAAACCGGAGCUAGAGACGCUGGACAUCGAGCGGUACGAGAAGGAACCGAAACCGGACGAGCCGGUGGAGGACGACAAACCAAAGUACCAGCGCCAAGCGAAGGAGCCGGCACCGAAAGAUGAACCGGAGCAGCGUACGCUUCAGCUUGGCAAGGGUAAGCUUAAACCGGAGCAGGACGACCACGAGGAGGUGAAGCUAAAGAAAACGCCCACGAAACCGAAAGAAGAGCCGGUUGAGGAGGCGACACCCAAGAAGAAGGUACAGGAAACACCCCAGCAAGAAGACGUCAAGGGCAAGACGCGGCACGUCGAGAAGCCCACGUUUACGCCGACCGACAUACCCGACUACGAGACGCCACUGGAACCGUACGUCAAACCGGAACCGGAACCGGUCGAGAAGCCGGUCGAAGAGCCGGAACCGCAAAGGCCGACGAAGGAACCGAAAGUACCGCAGGUACCGGAGGAGCCCGAACACAAGAUUGUGCUCGGCAAGGGCAAGAAACCGGAACCGGAGCCGGACGAUGAGUUUAAGUUCCGUAAGCCGAUUCCGGGGAAACCGGAAGAGGAGAAGGACGAAAUUAAGCUAAAACCGUUCACGAAACCAACGCCCGAGCCGGAGCCGAAGGAGCGUGAUGGUGACCGUGAAAUGGCGCUGCCCGUACCGAAAGACACACCGGACGAGCCAGAGCAAGAAAAGACGCCCAAGAAGGUGAUCAAGAAAACGGUGGUCAAGAAACCUCGUGCACCGGCACAGGAAGAAGAGCCCGUCCCGGAGGCCGCUCCUGAGGAGUUAGCUCCGGUGCCUGCGGAAGUGCCUGCGGAAGUCGCUCCCGAACCGAAGAAAGAGGUCGAGAAACCGAAACCGGUGCUGGCAAAGGUCGAACAGCCAACGGAGAAGGUCCUACCUCGGCCGGCCGAAGACCACACGGAGGAACUGGUAGUUCCGCAAGCUCCACAGGCUGAGGUGCCUACCGAAGUGCAAGCAGAGCCCGCACUGGCGGAGGCCGCCGUCGAGAAGCCGGCUGAGGUUCUGGAGUCCGUUGAAAAAGAAAAGACCGUUGUGGUCAAGAAGAAGGUGGUGAAAAAGCCGAAAAAGAAACCGGACGAAGAUGCGGAACUCGAGCGGCUCCUGAACCUGGAGGUCGAAAAGACCGAGCUGGAGCAGUACGAGAAGAUAGACCUCGAACCGAAGGAGAAACCGAAACCAGAACCUCAACAGCCGGUGGCGGUGGUAGAGAAGGCCCCGAUCGAGCCAGUACCGGUGGCUGUACCGAAGCCGAAGCCGGUUUCCAAGGCACAGCUCGUCGAAGAGGUGUUGGAACCGCAGGAAACGACCGAGACUAUCGAAGCUCCGGUCCGUCCAGUGCCAACCGAAGCGCAGCCUGUCGCCAUCCCGGAAGAGGUGUGCGGUGCUGCGCAGGAAACGCCGGCCGUGGUGGUGCACAAAGACGAACCGAAGGACACUGUGACGGUCCCGGUUCCGGUCCCGGAGCCCACCCCGGUCGAGGCGGAACAAGAAAAGAAGGUGGUCAAGAAGAAGGUGGUGCCCAAGAAACCGAAGAAAGCUUCGGUCGACGACGACGAGCAGCUGCAGCGGUUGUUGAACCUGGAGAUCGAAAAGACCGAGCUCGAGCAGUACGAAAAGGUGGACGUCGAAAUCAAGAAACCGGAAAAGACGGUGGAGUCGGUCGAAGUGCGGCGUCCCUCGCAGGUGGCCCAGGUCGAGGAACCGGCCCCGGUAGAGGUAACGCUCCGGCCAAAGAAGCCGGCACAGAAACCGGUCGAGCCGGAGCCAGUGGAGGCUGAGUUUAAGAUCACGAAGAAGCCGCGCCUACCCGAGGCACCGCAGCAGGUCGAAGAGCAGAUCACGCUCAGGCCGGCGCCACAGACGGCAGAGGAAACGGUCAGUGUGGAGCGUAUCAUCAAGAUCGAGGUAGAACAACCGGACAAGCCCCUCAUUGAAGAGGUCGAAGAGGACGUAGGCGGCCAGUACGAGGAGGACGCCGGAACGGUGGAGCCGGUGGUUGAAGAACCGAUUGACUUUGUGCCCGUAGUGACGGAGGAAGAGAUUGUCCCGGUGCAGCCCCUGCUGGUGGAGGAAGUGCACGAUGUGCAGCCGAUCGUCGAGGACGCCAUCAUUGAGGUGCCCUCGGAGGAGCUAGCCACCGUUGUGGAGUCGGUGCCGAUCGAAGCGAUCGUAGAAGAGCCACAGGAGCCAUCCGAGGCUCCGAAGGUUUCGGUGCCGGAACAGAAACCGGCAGUGGUCGAAAAGGAGAAACCAGAGAAGCCCAAGAAAAAGGUGACGGUGGUGAAGAAGAAGAAGGCCAGCAUCGAUGACGAUACGGAACUGCAGCGGCUGCUGAACCUGGAGAUCGAAAAGACCGAACUGGAGCAGUACGAACGGGUCGACGUGGACCUUAAGAAGCGCGAAAAGAUGCAGAUUGAACAGCAGCCGAUCGCGCAGCAAGCCGUGGAGUCUACCGUUGAGCCGGAAGAGAGCGCUCAGGUGAAGCUGCCGGCGCGCAAGAAGAGCACACCGAAGGUCGAACCGAUCGAGGAGACCGAAGUGGAGGUUAGGCUCAAGCCCAAGCGACAGCCGGAGGUACCCGAGGUUCAGGAGGCAACGGUUUCGCUCCGCAAACCGAAGAAACCGCCGGUGGUGGUGGAAGAAACGGCGACGGAAGAGAUUGUCCUGCUCAAACCAUCGGUCGUCCCGGCCAAGCCCGACGAGGUGGAGGACGUGGAGGAGCUGGUGAAGCUGAAAGCCAAACCGGCCCCAUACACAAUGGACGAGGCCGAAGCCUCGCUCGAGAUUGUGCGGGAGGUGGAACAGCCUGCCCCCGAGCCUACCGAACCGGCUGUCGUGGCACCGGUGGAAGCACCGGCACCGAAGCCCGCACCCGAACCGGAGGUAAAGAAACCGAAAAAGAAGGUGGUGCCGAAGAAGAAAAAGGAGGACGAUAUCGAUGAGGUUACCCGGAAGCUGCUCGAAAUGGACGUGCCCAAGACGGAGCUGGAGAAGUACGAAAAGGUGGACCUGGAUAUCGCCAAGAAGCCAAAGGAGGAGACACUCGAGGAGGUAACGAUGGUCAAGCGCAAACCGAAACUGAAGCCAUCGGUGGACGAGGAGGAAGAGGUCGAGGCGAAGCUGGCUCUGCCGCGCAAGAAACCCUCCGUGGCGGAACCGGAAGAAGCCGAAGCCACGUUCAAGGUGGCGAGAAAGCCUUCGGUCGAACCGCAGCCAGCGGAGGACGUUGAAGCGUCGCUUACGAUCACCCAGGAGCAGGAACAGCCUCCGGAGGAAGAGGUGAUCACGGAGCACGUGGUGGUGCGCAAGCAGCGCCCACGGCCCAAGCCAGCCUUCCGCCGGGAGGUGCUCGACGAGGAGGAGGUGCGUAUCAAGAAGAUCAAGAAGGUGCGCCAGCCACGGCCGGUGUUCAAGGACAUCGAGCCGGAGAACGUGACGUUCCAGCCGCGCCGCACCAAGCACAUCGAGGACAUUGAGCAGGAGUUCAAGAUACAGCUCGAUUCCUACGCCCGCGAAGAGAUCUCGAUGUCCGGCCGGGUGAAGCUGCCCGCCCCGUACAGCUACGGCGAGGAGACGGGCGAGGCGCACAUUACGAUCGUGAAGCAGGUCGACGAGGACGACGAGGUGGUAUACGAAGUGAUCUACGAUGAUAGUGAGCAGGACGCGCCGGACGACGGCGACGACUACUACCGGUACGCGGACGAGGACACCGAGAACGUGGUCCUGGAGCUGCGCAAACGGCGCGAAAAGCUCGAAAACCUGAUCAUGCACCACGAGGAGGAAAUCACUCUCGAUCUCACGCAACAACGCAACAGACUACAACAGUUCACCACCACCACACACGAUGAAGAAUCAUUCACACUGAAACAGCCCAAGAAAGUCCUACCGACAUACUCUGAAGAAGAUGCCAACGACAUGUACUGCAUUCAGGCGGUGGAGGCCGAAAAUGAGGAAGCCCUGCACAUCGUCGAAGGAGAGAAGGUCUACGUGAUAGAACACAGCAACUCCGAGUGGUGGUACGUGAAGCGUUCGUGGUCCGAGGAGCGCGGGUUCGUGCGUCGCGAGCACCUGAUGGACGCCGUCACCUACCCGCAGUACGUGCAGAAGACGCUAAACGAAAAGAUCGACAAGCUGCCAGUCUUCGAGAAGCCGGCUCCGAGCGAGCGGCGCCCUCUGGCGCCCAAGAUCGUCGAGAAGCUGCAGCCGAUCACGACCCAGGACGGGUACACGGUGCAGUUCGAGUGCAAGGUGGACGGGUUCCCGCGGCCCUCGAUCACCUGGUUCCGGCAGACGGCCAUCAUCAAGCCGUCACAGGACUUCCAGAUCUACUACGACGAUGACAACGUGGCGACGCUCAUCAUUCGCGAGGUGUUCCCCGAGGACGCGGGCACGUUCACGUGCGUGGCUAAGAACGUGGCUGGGUUUGCAUCGAGCGCGACCGAGCUCGUCGUUGACUCGGUCUCGUCCGACCACGGCUCGGACGUGGCGACGCUAUCGCGCAAGAGCAUGUCCCGUGAGUCGUCGCUGGCGGACAUUCUCGAGGGCAUCCCUCCGACGUUCUCGCGCAAACCGAAGGCACAGUACGUGGACGCCGGGUCGGAUGUGUUGCUCGAGUGCCGCCUGGUGGCCGUACCGGAACCGGACAUACUCUGGUACUACAACGGGGUGGAGAUCGCCAGCAAGGACAACGUGCAGGUGGCCGUCGAGUCGGACAUGCACAUGUACUGCACGGUGGUGCACAUCAAGGCGAUCGACAAGGGACAGGAGGGCUCGUACCAGGUGGUGGCCCGCAACCGCGAAGGUGAAUCGACGCUGGACAUUACGGUGAAGGUGAAGACCGGCGUGCAGGAGCCACCGCAGAUCCUGGAGCCGCUCAAGAGCAUGAGCAUCCGCCAGGGUGAGACGGUCGUGCUGUCGACGCAGAUCGUCGGCAAUCCGGCCCCGGAGGUGCAGUGGUUCAAGAACGGGGUAGCACUGGACGGUGCGGUGACGCACGUCGAUCGCAACAUGUACACCGUUACGCUGGUGGCCCCGUCGCAGGAUAACGCCGGCGAGUACACGGUGCGCGCUAAGAACUCGGCGGGUAGCGUCGAAACGGUGGCAUUCCUGACGGUGGACGAAUCGAACGUCGGCAACCCGCAGGCACCGCUGUUCCUGGAGCGCUUCGAGGAGCAAAACGUAGCGCAGGGGGCCACGAUUAAGCUGCCGGCCAAGGUCACCGGUAAUCCGGUGCCGGAGGUUCUCUGGUUGCGCAACAACAACACGCUGCUGCCGUCGAAACGCGUCAAACAGGCGUACGAUGGGGAGAACAUUGAGCUGCUCAUCCAGCAGGCCGACUCGGAGCAGGACUCGGGCAACUACAAGUGCAUCGCGUCCAACACGAUCGGUAAGGCUUCGCACGGGGCCCGCGUUACGGUGGAGGUGGACAAGGUAACGUUCACGAAGAAGCUCAAGAAGACGGUCACCGUCGAGGAGAGCAAAGCGGUCACGCUGGAGUGCGAAACUUCGCACACCGUGUCGACGAAGUGGUUCCACAACGAGCGCGAACUGAGCGGCAUGGACCACCGGAUGAUCGUGCAGGAGGGCAAGGUGCACAAGCUGAGCAUCAAGAACCCGAUCGUCAACGAUACGGGCGUGUAUCGGUGCACGGUGAAGGGACAGCUCACCGAGUGCCAUCUGACGGUGAUCGAGGCGAAGCCCGAGUUCCUGCGCCGGCUGGACGAUGUGGAGACGAAGGAGAAGGAGAACGCCGUGCUCGAGGUGGAGAUCACGUCGGAAACGGCGGACGUCACCUGGUACAAGGAGGGCCGCAAGAUCGUCGAGACGGCGGGCAAGUACGAGUUCAGCAAGAAGGGCAAAACGCGUGCCCUGUACGUGCGUAACACGUCGGUGCACGACGAAGGCGAGUACACGUGCGCCCUGGCCGACCAGGAGUGUUCGGCCGAGGUGUCGGUGAUCGAGCUCCCGCCGGAGAUCAUCAGUCCGCCGCGCGAUGUGACGGUGGCCCGGGGCGAGGACGCCAUCUUCGAGCUGGAGCUGACCAAGGGUGACGCGCUGGUGCGCUGGUAUCGCAACGCCGACGAACUGUCGUUCAACGGCCACUUCCAGCUGUCGAUCGACGGGAAGCGGCAGACGCUCAAGGUCAACCGGACCGUCGACGAGGACGCGGGCGAGUACACGUGCGUGGUCGGGGAGCAACGGGCCAAGGCCCGGCUGACGGUCGAGAAACCGGUCGUCGACUUUGUCAAACGGUUGCCGGAGGUGACGCUCGCCACCCGGGACAACGAUGCCGUGUUCACGGUGGAACUGUCCGAAUCGGCCGAAGUGGUGUGGUACCGCAACAGCAAGAUCAUCGCCGCAUCCAGCAGCAAGUACGAGCUGGUGGCCGAAAAGUGCGUCCGCAAGUUGCUCGUCAAGAACGUGUCCGAGGAGGACGAGGACGAGUACACGUGCACGGUGUCGAACGCGAAAACCUCGUCGAAGCUUCGGGUCGAGAUCAUCAAGGUGGCUCCGACGAUCUUCGAGGGACCGAAAACAUUUACCAUCCGCAAGGACGAGGACAUCACGUUCCAUGUGAAGUUUAAUGCUACGCCGAAACCGGAGGCCGAAUGGUGCGUCAACAAGCGCAUCAUCAUCCCGUCGCCGGCAAAGUUUAUCUCGACCGUAACCGACGAAACGGCCAGCUUGACCAUCAAGCGGGCGGCCGAAGUGGAUGCCGGAGAAUUCACGCUCAAGCUCUCCAACGAGUGCGGUGAUGCCAGCACCUCCUUUACGCUGAUCAUUAAAAAACAACCGGGAGCUCCGGAAGCCCCGGAAGCGACGCUCAUCACGGACGACUCGAUCACGCUGUUCUGGAAGGCUCCGGCUGAUGAUGGCCACAGCCCCAUCACGGAGUACGUGCUGGAGUACCAAGAGAAGGGUGCCAAAAAAUGGACCGAGGUCACGUCGAUCAAGGAGACUACGACGACCGUCACGCGACUGACGAAGAACUCCGAGUACACAUUCCGUGUGACGGCUGUCAACGAGGUGGGCAAGGGACCGGCAUCGCCAAACUCGCCCUACUACAAGAUCAUGGCACCGAUCAAGAAGGAGGCGCCGGUGGUGAGCGAGCCCCUGAAAGACGUUCACGUUGGGCUCGGCCAAUCGGUGACGCUGAGCUGCAUCGUGGCUGGCGUCCCGGUACCGGAGGUCGCCUGGUUCCGCAACGGACAGCCGAUCCGACAGGACGUGUCGUACGAGAACGGUGUGGCCAGGUGUGUGAUCAAGUCCACCACGGUUGACAGUGGUGCCAGCUACGUUUGCAAAGCUUCGAACGAGAUGGGCAGUGUAGAGAGCAGCUGCCAGGUGAUCAUCGAAGAAAAACCGACACUGACGGUAGACAAGAAGCAAAUCGUUCAGAAGCUACGCGUUGCCGACGAAUGGAAGGUGGUGGCCGAGUUUACCGGUUACCCGGCCCCGCAGAUUGUCUGGUUCCGCGAGGAAGAGACCCUUGUUUCGAGUGCCGAGCGCACGAUCGUAACGGUGGGUCAAUCGUCGACGAUCGUUAUCUCGUCGCUCGAUCGGGCCGACACCGCCAAGUACACGGUCGAGGCACGCAACUCGGCCGGUUCUGCCACGGUCGAUCUGACGCUCAAGGUGAUCGACAAACCGAGCAAACCGGAGGGUCCCAUCAUCGUGCGGGAACUCAGCCCCGAGGCGGUGGUGAUCGAGUGGAAACCACCGUCGGAUGACGGCGGCCUGGAGAUCUCGCAGUUCACGAUCGAGAAGUGUGACGACGCCAACAAGAACGCCUGGAUCAAGGUGGCCGAGGUGCAGCGCAACAUCAAGUCGUACUGCAUCCAGAAGCUAAUCGAUAGCACCCAGUAUCACUUCCGUGUGAUCGCCCAGAACCCGGUCGGGUGCUCCGAGCCGCUGGAGAGUGCCACGGUGAAGAUCCAGCAAACGGUCGAGGCACCCUCGCCACCGCGCGGUCCAAUCGAAACGUCCGGCAUGACGAGCAGCUCGUUCACGCUGAUGUGGCAACCGUCGGAGUCGAACGGUGGCAGCAAGAUAACGGAGUACAUCGUCGAGGUGAAGGAAGCGAAGAAGAAGGUGUGGAAGGUGGUGAGUACUACCUCGUCCACCGAAACGUCGCUGCUGAUCGAGAACCUGGCGUUGAACAAAGCGUACGACUUUAAGAUCUCCGCCAAGAAUAAGGUGGGCACUAGCAUGCCGCUCCAGACGGUGGAGUCCAUCGUCGCUGGAAAGGAAAUCACACCUCCGUCGGCGCCACGAAAUCUGCGCAUUAUGAAUGUGACCAGCAAGAGCGUGAAGCUCGAGUGGCUACAGCCGGAAACGAACGGAGGGUCGGACGUCACGGGGUACAUUAUCGAGAAGCGGCUGACCACGGCCCAGCAGUGGACCAAGAUCAAGACGCUCGAGUCCAACUGCUUGUCGUACUGUGUCGACAAUAUGAAGGAAAAGUCGGAGCUGGUGUUCCGGAUAUUCGCCGAGAACGCGGUUGGGCUCAGCACGCCCACGGUGUCGGAAAGCGUCGUGCUCAAGUCACAUGCCACCGUUCCUUCCCCGCCGACUGGCCCGCUGGAGAUCCGCUACCUCGGACCGAACAUCAACAUUGUCGAAUGGGGCAUUCCAGAGUCGGACGGAGGAGCACCGCUCGAGGGCUACAACAUUGCGAUCCGCAACGCGAAGAAAACGAUGUGGAUGGAGGUUGGCCGGGUGGCGGCCGAUUGCCAGUCGUUCAACAUCAAGGACCUGCAGGAGAGUGAGGACUACUUGAUCCGCAUCAUGGCCCGGAACGAGGUCGGCAUCAGUGAUCCGUUGGAAUCGGACGAACCAUACACCGUACAGCUGGGAGCGGGUAAGUGUGCCCCGGAUGACACGCACGACGAGACAACGCGAGACUUCUCGGAGCCGACCGGCACGAACACGUCGUCCUGGUUGCGUGAACACAACAUGACGGCCGACAUCAACAGCUACGCCCGUCACAAGCUGCUGCGGCGCAGCGAGUACUUCUUCAAACUGUGGGCCAACGCGAAGAACCUCUUCAAGUGAACCGGCCCUUCGGCGUAAUCGUCGUCGGAAGGAAAGAUUGUAUAUCGUCAGAAACUAUCCAACCAAUCCCAGUGUUCCAUACGUGUAGUGAAUCUGUGGCCGGCGGUGGCCUCCAAUUCAACCGCUGUUGCCGCCGCCGCCGCCACCGCUGCUGUUGUGUAUGUAAAUGUUGCUUAACUAAUGUUGUCUCUAUCGGAGCGCUCUCGCAAAUCGGACAGAGCCUGGAGCGGAGAUAACACCCAACGCUAGCGAAUCGAGAGGAAAUUGCAAACAAGACCAGACCAAGAAUUGAAACCGAAUCCGCAUGGAACUGUGAUAAAAGAGUCCUUCGAGGAAUGAUCAUGACCGAUGAAGAUCGAAUCAAACGGGAUUUAUUGAGGAAGCGAGCGUAAAGAGCGAGAGAGAGAGAGGAGAGAGAAAUAGAGGAGAGUCAGAGAAAUCUGUAGGGUAAUUGUAUUUAAUUUAUUCGAUCAACCGCUGACACAACCAGCAACGACUUGCAGCCACCACGAGAGGGCUACCGUGGACCAGUCUGUGGUCUGGUAGCCCGGCUGCGUAUGACUCUAGCAACUUUCUGAACGCAUAGAGGCAAUGCUUUGGCGUACCAAAACAGGCCGUAACCGAGCAUGGUUCCACACGGGGCUUCCACACAGCACCCUCCGGUGUCCGAAGGGGGAAAACAUUGGUGCGAAUGUUGUCCCUUUUCGGACCCACAGCUGAAUGGCCGUCCUCGUGUAACUCUGCGGGCCAAAUGAGUAGUUUUGAUCCGUUGCCCACUAUUUACUAUUUAUACUCUAGUCGAAAUUUGUUUGGCGGAACUCGCUGUGGUUCCAACAUUUUUUUUAUAUCAAUCUUUAAUUAUCUAUAUCGCCUGACCCAAAGCGCGAUUGAAUCUAGUUUAAGAGAGAAAGGAGUGUUGUUGAAGAGAAAAAUCGAAUCGAGCGUUCUAGCAAUCUUCCUGUUCUGUUACACUCUUUGUUACUACUUUUAGUUGUGCGAAAAAAGGAGCACACGAUGCUUAAUUUAUAACGAUUUUAAACAAAAACUGUGUGUACCGAAACCAAAAUACAGUCCA